GACUUCGGCGGAGCGGCGAGGCGAGGCGACGGGAGGCGCUGCCGUAGCAGCUGUUUGACAACCCGCCGGCGGCUGGGCCUCUCCGGAGCGAGAGGUGCGUUUCGGGCGGGUUCCGAGCGGCUGCAGCUCCAAAGACCUCGGACGAGAGAGAGAGAGAGAGAGAGAGGCGCGCACCCGUCCGGUAACUUGGGUCGCUCUCUGGAGAGGGUUGGGAAGUGCGCGCAAAGAGCGCAUCCCUCUUCCCUGGGGGUGGAAUAUUCGCCCGAAGUAGACGAGGGUGAGGAAGGGGCGUCUUGGCGCGCGCGGGGUGCGGAGGGAAGUCCCCGCAUGCAUCCUUUAAGAGUUUGGGGGGAGUUUGGGGCUCUCCUCGAGGGGCUUCGCUCGGGUAGGGGGGAGUUUUUGUGCGCGCAAAAUCCUCUUUUUUGGGGGGGGGGGAAUGUUGCACCUUGGAGUCUUAUUCCUCGGACUGGGAGUUGUGCCUUUCUUUAGAGGAGCGCAGACUGCGCGGGUCCAGGAGUGCGGAGAGGCCCCGGGUUUUGUUGUAAUCUGGUUGCCUAACAACGCCGUAUAGCUUCUUAAAGAGACCGACGCCCUGGGCAGGCGUGGAAGCUACAGUUGCUCUUCUCUUCCGAGCCCACCCUUUCUUUCCUCAAGCUCCCCUAUCCUAUGACUCCCUUUGCUGAUGCCUGGAGAUAGGGAAGGUUUCUGCUCUCGGGUAUCUGUGGCGCCUUAAACAUAUCGCAUGGAUGUGAAGAAGGGCUUCAAAGACGAAAAUAUGUAAAGAUACCAGGCCAUGAACGAACAGCAUCUGUUCAAGGGACUCUUCUUAUGGACGGUCAAGACAGUUUUGUCAUAAGCGUCUAGCUUUAGGAAUACCUCCCAAAAUACAUACAGUGUGAUUGUAAGUAUGUUUACUCAGAAGCAAAUGCGGCCGAGUGCAAUGGUACUUACUAAAAAGUGUACAAGGGAUUGUAACUUUAGUAUUAAGGAAUGGCUAGUGGUAGCGUGAAACGUUUCGAAAGCAUUAAAGCCAACAAAUAAUAUAUCUCAAGGCCAGUGAUCAUUCUAGGUAUUCCCACCAUUCAGUGAAUAGAAGUCUGUUUCAUUUACAAACUGGUUUGCUAGUGAAUCUGUUAGUCAGACUAUUGCAUAUAGAUUUCUUCAAUGAGUGGUUUUGAGGCAAUCUCAGUUCAUUGUUACGGCUUCUUGGCCUUAGUAACAAAUAGAGGUUUUUACGAAGUAAAAAUUGAGGUUGGGAUGCAUUUCCAAUAUAUUCAGCACCAGUCUAGAAACAGGUGGGCCACUUGUUGAGUGUGCAGUGCAGGCUUUAUAAAUUUUGCUGCAGAGGGCAAAAGACUGCACUUCUGCUGCCUCAGUUGAAUUCAGUAGGGCUGACUUAUGAACUGCCAUGAUUGAAAUUGCAGUUCUCUCUUACUAACACUUAUUUACCUGGAAGUAAGCCCCAUUGAAUUCUUGCUUCUGAGUAGACAUGACUCAGGGCAGAAUGAUAUUUGCUGCCACCUGGGGCAUAUCCUCUAGCUCCAGCACUGCAGGUGUGUUAAAUAACACUGGCAUAGUUGGAUCAUUAUCUUCUGAAGCCACAGCUCCCUCUUUUUGUGAAAUCACUGCCAAAGCCAUGGUUUAGUAAGUGAGGCUUUCCCUGUGGUGACAUUGGUGGAACUAACUGUAGAAAUCUCUUAAAGGAUAUCUGAUUCCCACUGUCAUUGACCAUGCAGGCUGCUCUUUCAGUGACCUGACUGGACUAGUGAAAAAGCAGAUUGACCUUUUGUCACUAGCAUGGUUUAUUUAGUGCAUUUUUACUCUGCUGUUCAGCCACAAAGGCUUCCAGAGUAGCUUACAUAUUAUCAAUAAAAAAUAAGUUUUGUAAUCUAAAAUACAUGACACAAAAAUGAAAAAAGGAUGGGGAGGAAAGAGGUGGGUAAAGCAAACUCAGACACCAAAGUUAAAUAGCAGUUUUUAUAGUGACCAGCUGGAAUGAAAACAGUUCCAGGAUAGGAGGAGCCUGACAGAGCUGACCUUUCAGUAGAAUGCUGAUGGAUUGGCCCUGCUUGACAACUGCUGCAACCUAUUGGAGUGGUUUCUCUUUGGCGAUCACCUCCACCUUGUUGUCGAGUCUGGUUUACAUUAGGCAGGUGGUUGGUGAAGUUCAAGGGUAGAUACUCAACUGGCACUGAUGCUGAACAACUGAGCAGCAGGGGUUCUGUUCAAAGAACUUGACAGUGUUUGUGGUGAUGAAAAGCUCUGCUGUUGCCAUUUUUGUAACAGUACCAUCUGACAAGGCAUUUCUGGUAAAUCCAGGCCAUCUCUGUUUGAAGGUCAAGUUCUCUCUGUGGUUCACUAUUACUUGCUUGCCAUAUACCGUACUUUGACAACAAUGCUGGAGUUUCUUUUUGAAGUGCUGCACAAGAGGUUCCAAUACGUAUAACCAUCAUACUGCUGCAGGGAGGCAGGAGAGGAGUUCUGACCUUUCGUUGUAGAAUCUUUUCCCACUGAGGGCUUUCAAGGGAUACUGCUCAUGAGGAAAAUCUUACGCUAUGCUUUGGCCAAAAUUCUUCCUUUGCAGGGAUUACAAUUAUUCUGUGAACCACCCUGAGACCCCCAGGUAUAGGGCGGUAUAUAAUUAAAUAAAUAAAUAAAUAAUAAUAAUAAUAAUAAUAAUAACUUGGUGUGAAUACUAGGACCAAACUAUAAGAUUGGCUUUAUGUAUUGUCUGAUGCUAAUUGGCACUGAGAUAUCAAAUGGCUGCUUGGCUUGUGAGGGGAGAGUAACUGAAAAAUUUGUCUCUCACUGAUAAAUUGGUAAAGUUAUGCUUACUUAUUUACAGCAUUUUUAUACUGCACAUUAAUAAGUUACCUGCAUGGUAGACUUUUUUUAGCAUAUAAUAUAUAGACAUAUGAACUUAACAAGUUAAAAUAACUGCUGUUUUCUGCAGCACUUUGACCUGAACUUAUGAAUGUUUGCUCAUAAGCUGAUGGACAGGUCUUCAGAGGCUGGUUCACAGCAUAGCAGAAAAUAGCAGGCAAAAUAGGUCGGCUGAUGUCAAGUGAUUGACAAGUGAGUGGCUCCAUGCACCUUUCAAACUUGUCCUGUGUAGGGAGAUAACAAUCUGUCCUGCCAGUCCUGUUCUAAGGACGUGUAUUUUAUCAGCAUGCAAACUAAUGUGAUUAAGGAUUUAGAGGACUCCAAAAGGGAACUUAUUUUUAGCAUUGAUUGUUCUGUAUCAGGAGAAUUGUAAUUGAAUUAUCCUAGAAUGCAAUUAUUAUUAUUAUUUGAACUUCCUGCGUAUUGACAUCAUGUGAGAGAGUAAGUGGUAAAGAAAUAGUUAUUACCUGUGGUACAUAUUCUGUGCACACUUUUUCAUGUAGCAAAGCUAUCACAUGAGUAAUCAAGUUAAUAUGUACGUGUGGGUCGCUGUUUAAUUAGUAAUGUAUAUUUAUGACAACAAACACUUCCAUCAAUUUAACAAUAUCCAUUUUUUCAGCUGUGUUUGUUACUUCUUCUUAACCAAUAUGCUCAUGAUUCUGUGCAAUCUCAUGGAAGACUGGGCCAUUUUUACUGUUCAAAGCUACAUAUUAAGGCACUACCUUUAUUACCUUUAUUAGGCCAACCAUAAUGUCACAAAAGUGUGUAAACUUUCAAGUUCUCCAGAAUUCUUCCACUGGCUAGAUUAUGAAAAAAAGGCAAGGGGGAGAGGGGGAAAGGCUGUUAUUUAAGCCAUCUUUGUCUGCACCUGAUAGAGUCUUAAAAAUGGGAGGAGGUAGCAAACAUUCAAAUGAGACCCUUUCAGGUGUUUUGCGUAUAUCAGGUUGCAACCCAGGCCUUCUGGAAAGGAGAAAACACAUAAUGAUUGAGUCUCCAUUUCUGCAAAUGCACAACCACCCCUUGCUGCUUAGUUUUGCCUCCAUCCUUUGGUGAAACACACAGGUUCCUCUGGUAGGUAGAGAAUAAUAAUAAAAAUGCAGUCAUUAUAUACAAAUUGUUAGAGAUAAAAUAUAGCUGAAAAAGUCAACAAAACCCAAAUUGGGUAGCUUUACCCAGUGGCUGGAGGGAAUUCUCCCUUUAAUAAUAAAAUACCAUCUUCAGGUGCUAUAAAAUCAUUUCCCUCUAGAAAGAAAUUGCUGGAUAAACAAUUUGAACUGGAAUACAAAAGAGGGAGGUAUGAGGAGGUCCAGAAAAUAAGUAAAUUUAAAAACGGAAAUGAAAAGGUGAUAUUGUUUUUAAUUGUUCUGUUUCUUUUUUGUUUUGUUUUUUUGUUUUCUGUGUUUUUUUUUCUUCUUUGGAUUAUGUACUGUGUAUUUGUGUACUUCUUUUUAUGUUUUUCUGUUUAAUCUUUUAUUGAAAUCUUAAUAAAAAUCAUUAAAAAAAAAAAUCCUUUCCCUCUAGUUUAGGAUCCUGGCUAAAUUUGUUUUUUUUUUACAAAAAACAAACAAGCAAGCCAAGGUUAACUGUUGUGCCGUAAAGAAAACUCCACAAUAUAUAUUAAGGCAAUGCCUUUAUUGAGCCAACCAAAAUGUUAUAAAAGCCUGUAGAAUUAUAAAUCAUGGUACAGAUGGGAACGUGUAACUGCCAACUUUCACAUGUAAUUGUUGGAAUAAUUUGAACGUAGUGAAUUAGAAGUUCAGUGAUGAUGCACGAUGCUAGAUGUGUAUUGUUAAAAAUAAUUACUCUAGUGUGUGUGACAGCAAGCAGAAGGAAGGGUUAGAAGCUAGUUGGUACCUCCAUCAAUGAGGGAAAUAAUGGUAAAGGAUACCCCUGCGCUUAUACUGCCUCUGGAUUAUAGUUUUGGAGUUCCUGGAAAAAUGAUUGUGCUGGGCUGCUAUUAAGACCUUCUGCUUGCCACACUUCAGUGUGGUUUUGUUUUAAGCAAUCUUGUUUGGGCAGGCCCCUUGUCAGCUUGUCCCGUUGACUAUUCAGAAACCACAUGUGUGGUUUGCUUGUGUUGUAAGACUGCAGUAAGAUCUUGAAAAGAAUAGAUAAUAAAAAAGAGGUUGUAUUUUUUUCCUGUCUCAUUUUCACAUUUCUGAUGAUUUCUGAGUAAUUCAAAGUUCUUAAUAAAGUAACUCUUAGAAAAAUGAAUUUCUGUUGUUGAAGGUUGCAUCUGAUGGAUCAAUAACCCUAUAUCACUUCCAAAAUUGAAAAAAUGAUGCCUGAGGACCUAGACCAGUUCCUUGAAGAACAAAAAGCAAAAUUGGCACAAGACAAAGCAAAGCUUGACAAUGAUCCACCUUACAUGGAAAUGCAGGUAGGAAAUUGAUACUUUAUUGUUAAAAAAUGGAUGAAGAAUAUUAUGACUGUGCUCCUGUAUGUAAACAAGUCUGGAAGAUAGUGUUUUCACCAGUGGCAACCCCUCUUUAGAAAAUGCUAGGGAAAUUCUGAAGUCCCUCUGUUGCAUUGCAAUGUAACCUACAAACUAAAACAAGGUUGUCAAACCUCUGGCUCUUCAGAUGUUAUUGGAUUCUGACUCCCAUCAACCUCAGCUAGCAUGGCCAACCGUCAUGGAUGGUGUGUUAUAGUCUAGGGCCACAGGUGCUACAUCCCUGAACUAAAUACAGUGGUACCUUGUUUCUCAAACACCUUGGUACUCAAACAACUUGGAACCCAAAAAAUGCAAACCCAGAAGUGUUCCGGUUUGCAAAAUUUUAUCAGAAGCCGAACGUGCUCCGUUUUGAGUGUUACGCUUCCGAUUUGAGUGCCACACUUCCGUUUUGAGUGUUACGCUGAGGUCUGUUUUUCCUAUUUAUUUUGCAUUUUUGUUUUUGUGGCUUUUUUGUUUUGUUUUUGUGACUGUGUGGAACCCAGUUCAGCUACUGAUUGAUUGAUUGUGUGACUGCAGUACAAUGCUUAUUGCUUUCAUUUUAUGGAUCAAUGGUCUUGUUAGAUAGUAAAAAUCAUGUUAAAGUGCUGUUUUAGGGGUUGUUUUUAAAAGUCUGGAAUGGAUUAAUCAAUUUUGCAUUAUUUUCUAUGGGAAAGCAUGCCUUGGUUUUGGAACGGACUUCUGGAACAGAUUAAGUUUGAGAACUAAGGUACUACUGUAAUGUUAUUAUAGUGGCAGCAUGUUAAUUCUGUCUGCCUUACGCUUUUUUCCCCCUUUUCAGAACAAAGGUGCAGAGAAGCUUUCUGAGACCAGCAAAAUGUUAAUAGCCAUGGCUAAAGAAAACAUUCCACCAAAUAGUCAACAGACUAGUAUACACGGUAUUUGCAAUUUUAUUUUAUUUUUUAAAAACGCUUAUUGUAUUACAUUAAGAGAGAAUAUUACUGUAUUUACUGUCACUUUAUUUCCUAAUGUAGUCCCACACAACUACUCAAAGUCAAAUGUAUAUAAGUAGUGGUCCUUUCCACCAAUGUGAAGCAGGGAAAGAGAACUAUGCACAUGGUACUAUAUACUCAUAAUAAGAAACUGCAGCAGAGCUAAUAAUAUCUUUUCUUGACACAGAGGGAUUCCUGUGCAGCUGGGUUGUGUUUUUGGAGAGAUACAGUUUCGGAGGCAAUGUGGCUUUACUGAUACUGUGCUAUGAAGCACAGUUACAUUUAGUUGUAAUGGCAGGUCUUUGGGUGUCCCUUGCAUAGUCACAUUAAAGUAUUAUGGCCUGCCUUCUUACCUUGGUUGCCAUUCUUUUCAUAAACUGCAAUAGCUGCGAUUCCUUACUCAAUGGAUAAAAUACAGUCUGAAUAUAUCCUUAAAAGGUAAAGGGACCAUUAGGUCCAGUCGUUGCUGAUUCUGGGGUUGUGGCGCUCAUCUCGCUUUAUUGGCCAAGGGAGCCGGCAUACAGCUUCCGGGUCAUGUGGCCAGCAUGACUAAGCUGCUUCUGGUGAACCAGAGCAGCGCACGGAAAUGCUGUUUACCUUCCCGCCGGAGUGGUACCUAUUUAUCUGUGGUUUAACCCACAGCGCCACCCGCGUCCCUGAAUAUACCCUUGGCGUUCAGUAAAUACUUAGAGGUACAUACGAAGUGGCGCAUAUACAGCUUUUAAUAUCUUUGAAAUGGAGUUGUUUUUAUAGUCUUCUUUCGCAGCAUUAAGUUCUUUAAAUUAGAAAGAUUGCACUUUUCAUUGGCAUUGCCUCUUUCAUGUGCAUUACAUUGCUUUCUUUAAAAUAUAUAAAUAUUCUAGCUACCUAUAUUGCAUUUCCCAGCCUCUGCAUUUUCAGGUGUAUCUUUUUCUCAGUAGCUUACUGUCUGCUUGUUUUUCCUCUGCAAUUUCCAUCCGCAUAUGCGCCAAUUCCUUUUUCAUUUUGGGCUUAGGGACAGAUACCUCCUACAGAGGGUUCUUGCAGCAAGUUUAUCGUUGCUUAGCAACUCCUUUCGUCUCUCUCAGCGUGUAGUUCUAUGCUGCUUAAAUUUAAUUUAUUCUCAUACAUGCUGUCAUGCUGCUAUUUUUUGUGGCUUCCAUCUGUAAUCAAGGUCCCCCCCCCCCAAUCUUGGUAAUGACAUUUGAGCUUGCUAUAUAAAUGUCCAUGGAAAUGGGUACUGAACUAAUUAGAAACUGAAAUCGCAGACCCUUUGUUUAGGUGAGGAAGGUAAUGUUAAAGUAGACCUUUAGUUAAGUUCUGCGUUCAUUCUUUCAGAAAGCAAAGUAAGAGCCAUGUUGCUUCAUAUCAAAGCAAUUGGGUUUUCAAAUUCAGAUAGUAGAAGUACCAGCACGCUAGCUGAGGAAAACAUGUCCUGUCUGCAAGUUAUAACAGCAGUAGUACCUUAGAUCGAUACUGAGGCUGGCAUUAUGCAUUCUCUUUUGCUUGGCAAGCCCUGUCACUCAAAAGGCAGACUGAAGCUCUUUAAACAAAUGGUUAGGGGCUACUCAAGGGUACGCAGUACCGGCAUCUCUGUUUGUUGUUGCUAAAAAUUGUGGCAGUUUCUGUACCAGCACUUCAUGGUGUAUACUAGCACCUAUUUUUCUACAAAAAAAGCACUGUAAACGGUACUUAGUAAUUAACAUUAGGUCCCAUUAAUCAUAUAGAUAAUAUUUUGUUUAAAGUUUGCAGAUAAAGCCCUACAGCUGAUUACGACUGUGAGAAACCCCUUCUAAGUCCUUGGGCCUUGAAGCUGUCUCCACUGUUUAUCUAAGACAAGGCUAUAAGAUGGUCUGAUCAAUGACAUCCAAUAGCUAGAUACGUAACUCGAAUAUGUGUGUCAUGUAGCAAACAGGUAACAUGAGCCACUGACACUUGGUGGCUAAAGAUGUGGAUUCGGCAGCUUUCUGUUCAAAUAUUGAUUCUGGCACGGACUUGCUUUGUGUGGCUUUUGGCAAGUCACUCUUUGGGUGCCAGUUCUUCAUCUGACCAAAUGAGUAAGACACUGACCUACUUUGCAGGAAUGUUUGGGCAAAACACAAUAUAUUGUGUAUGUUUGGAAGUUAAAAGUUACAGAUAAAGGAUACGUCUGCUACUAAGAAAUUGAGAGACAUGAACCCCGAGAUAUACAUCUAGGAUAAAAGUAUCUCCACGCUUGCUGAAAAGUGGCUACUAUAAAUACAUGGAAUUAUGUAUUUAGACCAUAGCAGACAAUGUCCUUUCAGAUGGAGAAUUUAAGCUAAGGAACCUGCUUCCAGGUCUGCUCUGCCUUAAUGGAGGCAGCCCCCACAACAGUGGGAGAUCGUUGGCGAAGGAAAAAACCCAAGGAUGAUUGAGGGUAAUCAUCCUUGCAAAUUCCCCCCAGGGACAGGGGGAAUGGGCUUCACUCGCAGUUCAUCUUGGUACCUGACUCUUGCUCUGGCAUGGAAUACAGGGGUCAGGAAGGCGCUGAGUGCAAAAGCACUUCACCUGCCAAAACCACCACCGCCAUUAAGAAGCAGAGGUUCUCUUGUUAACUAGAGCUUAAUUAGAGUAAAGUACAGGCGCGUGCUAAAAGAAAUGAGAUCACAAACUGCAGAACAAACCAACUGCAAGGACUUUAAGGUGCAAAAGACGGUAUAAUUGAAAACUAAUAAAAAUUUAUCAUUAAUCUAAGGAACCAAUGAGUUAUCCAAUGGUUCUAACUAACACUGCAAUCUGAUAUACAUCCUGCCUUCCCUCUCUUGAAAUGAGAGCCAUUAAUAUCAGCCAAAGAAAGUGGAAAGAGAGAUUUGCCAGAAAAUGAAAUCUUACAUUAAAUAUUGACAAUAUUGACUGGUGGUAGGAGGGUUUGCUUUAACCCAUUUUCCUGCUGACACUCCCCACCCUCCUAAGCUGCUUUUCCUUCCUGCAGGAGAAAAUCCUCUCUGCUGUAAAAAGGCUCCUUGGUUGAAGUAGAAUGGUAAUAUCUUAGUUCCUCCAGCGUUGUCAUUUGUUAUGGUGAAAUUCUUCUGCCACAUAGCUGCAUUUGCUAUAAAAGCCAGAAAAGUUAUCUUGCUCACUUCUUCCUGUCUGUAAAAAUCUCCCAAUGACUCAGCCGUUUGGAAUUAAAUUUAGUGCAAGCUGGUCCUAUUUUUUUCCACUUUUGAAAGACUAAUAGAUUUUAUGGGUAAGCUUAGAAGUCUGAGAAAUAGCGCUUAAUCUGGUGGUACACUUUUACUGUAAACGUUCAAGUUUAGACUUAUGUGCCAAUAUGUUGACAGUAAUCUGACAGUAGGUUAAAUGACAUCACUAUAAAUGACCUUAAAAUAACAAUUAAGUGUUGCUCACUCUCAGAGGCCACUGAGGAAACACCAUGACAGCACCAAAAAAUGUAUGUCUUCUGUAUUUAUUUUUUCAUCUGUAAGCUGUUGUAUGUUAGGAUAUAAGAUACAUUCUUGCUACAGCUGAUGGAAGUUUUAGUCCUAACGUUCUGGAGGGCACUAGCUUGGGAUGGCUGGAUCAGACUAAUGGUUGUCUAGCUCUGUGUUGUAUUUUCUGUCAGUGGCCAGCUGGGUGCCUAUGAGAAUCUCACAAGCUGGACAUGAUGGUGAUGUCCUUCUUCUGUUUGUUCUAGCAGUUGGUAUCUAAUGAUAAACCACCUCUGUCAUUGGGAAUUCCGUUUAGCGGAUGUUAACACUUUUAUGCCACACUUCAACAAACUAUAUUAGAGAGAAAAAAGCAACUAGCAUAUUCUACUGACUAAUGCAGGGCUUUAGCUGACAAUGUAAACUAGGUACUACAUGUGAUGCUACUUACUAGUCAAGAUUGUUCCCAGCUGCAGUUAGCUAAAUAUUUAUUCUACAGUCUUGCUGUUGUACAUAUCUCUCUGCCUUUCUGUCAGUUGUAAUGAUCUGUUAUAGGGUUAGCUUUGGUUGAAAUAGUCCUAUGAUGUCACAAACAACAAACUCAUGCAGAGGAUGCGGCCAUUUUUGUUACCACAGUAUAAUGUGCAUUAUGAGGUGCAAAAGUUAAAUUGUUGCCCUGAAGUACAUUGUCAUGUGCCCUCAGUUGCAUAGUUUCCAUGAACCAGAAUAGAGAUGGGGAACUUUUUGGCCUUCCAUAUAUUGCUGUCUCCAGCCACCAUGGCUAACAGUUGAGGAUUAUGGGGGCUGUAGUCCAACAACAUAUGGAGGACAAUAGGAUAUCCAUCCCUGAACUCGAACUUCGUUUGAUGAGAAAACAUGAUUAAAAUUAUAUACCGUAUUUUUCGCCCUAUAGGACGCACUUUUUCCCCUCCAAAAAUGAAGGGGAAAUGUGUGUGCAUCCUAUGGGGUGAAUGCAGGCUUUCGCUGAAGCCUGGAGAGCGAGAGGGGUCGGUGUGCACUGACCACUCUCGCUCUCCAGGCUUCAGGAAGCUCUGUGAAGUCGCGCCGGUCUCCCGAGGGUUGCGCAGAGCUGUCUGCAUUCCAAAGCCUGGGGCGCGCUGAAGAGUGCGCCCGGGCUUCGUGCAGCUCUCCGCAAGCCUGGGGAGACCGGCGCAACUUCCCGCCGGGCUCCCUAGGCUUGCAGAUAGCAGGCUGUUCUCGGGGCUGGGGUCGGGGGAAGCUCAGGCUUCCCCCGCGCCAGCCCCGCGCAUGGGGGGGAAAAAUAAUUUCCCCCCCUUUAUUCCCCCCCCCCCCAAAAAACUAGGUGUGUCCUAUGGGGCGGUGCGCCCUAUGGGGCGAAAAAUACGGUAUGUCUAAAGGUUUUAGCCUUUGAAAAUAUUCUGCAUAUAACAGUGUUGAAACAUGAACUAACUUUGAGACAACUACAUAGUUUACUCUUUCGGAAUUAUCUCAGUGAUUAGCUCAACUAAUUUUCUCUUUAAAGUUAUACUGCUCUUUGGUUCCUUGGAAUGUUAUUGUAAGGUGUGUGUGUUUUUUUUUAAAAUGGAUACAGGUACAUUGAUCUAAUAAAUUGUUUCAUUCCGUUUGUAGAUCAUUUUCUUUCGAAAUAGCAUAUCAACCCACACUUUCCUUCCAGAUAAAUAUACUGUUCUGAGUUUCACUUCUUCUUAAAAAAAAAAAAAAGCAAUUGAAAUUUACAUAGUUUAAUCCGAGGUAGCUUUAAUCACUCCUCUUUCACUGCUUUUUGUGGCCAGCUUCCAUUCCUUCACAACUCCAAGAUUUCUUUAGUGACUUUGGAAGGGGAAAACGUAAGAACAUAAGAAGAGCCUACUGGAUCAGGCCAGUGGCCUGUCUAGUCCAGCAAUCCAGUUCUCAUAGUGGCCAAGUAGAUGUCUAUGGAAAAUUCUCAAGCAGAACCCUAGCACAAGAGCCCUCUCCCCUCCUGCGGUUUCCAGCAACUGGUAUUCAGGAGCAUACUGCCUCUGACCAUGGAGGCAGAUCACAGACAUUGUGGCCAGUAGCCACUUACAACCUUAUUCUCCAUGAAUGAGAAUUAGGCUAAGCUUACCAGAUUUUUUUCAAUGAAUCCUGGGACACUUUUCAACUUCAGUGAAUUUUGUAUGGGGACUUAUUUGUAAAUCCGGGGACUGUCCCCGGGAAAGGGGGACGUCUGGUAACCUUAAAUUGGGAUUUGUCAUAACCAUGUGAAAAGUUGCUUUUGGCAUUUUAUUAAAUUUAGGUUUACAUGUUCUGAUUGAUAUGCUUUGGGAGUUCUGCCAGAUGCAUAUUCACUGUGAAAUAGAAUCACAUAUGUGGCUUAAGAAAUAAGUCUGAUAGUAUCCAACUAAGUUUCACUCAGAGUAAACCCACUGAAAUUAAUGAACAUGACCAAGUUGGGUUCAUUAAUGUUAAUGUGUCUACUCUGAGUAUAAUUUAUUUGAAUACUGCCCUUUUAAGUAUAUCUCAAAAAUAAUAUUGCAGAUAUACACAAGGUUGCUAUUUCCAUCAUCCAGCUAGAGUGGCCAACCUUUAGUCACAAUUUUUUUGGAAGUGCCUGUCAAGAGAUAAUCUUGCCAAGUUUUUCACCUUGGAUAAGAAUGCAUUCCCUUCCUUUCCUUUCUGAAGCUGCAUGCGGAUAAGAUUAGGAAGGGGAUACAUGUACUGUGGGUUCAGCUAUGGAAUAGGGGACAGCAAAUGUCAGAACUCUUAAAAGCUUCAUAUGCCAGAACUCUUAAAGGCACUGUUUGGGGAGGAGCACAGUUUACAAUUGCCUUUUAUGUUAGGCAAAAUUAUUUUGUAUCAUUGAACAAUGUAUACUGUACUUCAUAUUGAUUAAUGGGCAGGCCUUGUAGUUAAUUGGUGGUAAAGGUAAAGGUAAAGGACCCCUGACAGUUAAGUCCAUUCACAGACGACUCUGGGGUUGCAGUGCUCAUCUCGCUUUACAGGCCAAGGGAGCUGGCGUUUGUCCGCAGACAGUUUUUCUGGGUCAUGUGGCCAGCAUGACUUAGCCGCUACUGGCAAAACCAGAGCAGCGCACGGAAACACCGUUUACCUUCCCGCCGGAGCGGUACCUAUUUAUCUACUUGUACUUUUGGGCGUGCUUUCGAACUGCUAGGUUGGCAGGAGCCGGGACUGAACAACACAAGCUCACCCCAUCGCGGGGAUUUGAACUGCCGACCUUCUGAUCAGCAAGCCCAAGAGGCUCAGUGGUUUUAGACCACAGCGCCACCUGCGUCCAUAAUUGGUGGUAGAGACUGUCUUAGUUCUCUUUUUCUUUUCACCUAACAAGGCCAGGCUAAAUUGGAGUUUUCUUGAGAGCACAGUGCUUUGAAGGUGGAUUACAAGUUCCUAAUCACCAGUGAAAAGUCCUUUUGUUACACAGAAAUUAAAUUUGUUAUCUUUGAAUGCUGUCCUUGGUGUCCAGUCUGCCACACAUGCACAUCCGCAUUGUUUGCAUAGCUCAUUCCUAUGUUCUGAAAUGCUUACUUGCAGAUUAUGGCUUAAGCUUGCCUCUCGGGGAAGAAUAUGAAAAUAAAAAGCACAAAUUGAAGGAGGAGCUUCGACAAGACUACAGGCGUUACCUUUCUCAGGUAAAGGACUUUAUAUCUGAUUAAAUUUCCGGUGCUAGCUGGCAAAGUGAAAAGUACAUUUAAGCUGGCAUUUGCUACGAACCGGAGAUAUACUGAUUUCUAGAAUUUAUUACUGCAGCUUAUGUUGCACAUUAUUUAGUCCCAACAUUGUGCUUGGUGCUGUACAGAACAUAAAUGACAAGAAACUCUUGGAAUAGAUUAGUGGAAGAGGGUUUUCAGGAGAUUUGGUGGAGGAAAAGUAGGUGGCCUGAUGAACAGGGCAAAGCUGUCUCUUGGACAAAGGGAAUAACGUAGUGUUGGCAGAAGGGGAAGGGGUUAAAAAAUGGAAGACUUCACUGAUGGGGACCACACAGUCACUGGGUGGGGGCUUGGGGGUGGGGAGAACCACAGCCAGUGCUGCCGCAUAAGUAAUUAUAGGAAUAGUUGUUAUAAAAGGAAAUGCAGAACAUCUAGCAGCAUUGAAACCACAUAUAUUGUGUGUAGACUGGUUGGAGGACUGAAACCUACAGAAGGGGGAAGAUGAAGAAGGGUUGCUGAAAAGCAACUGGAGUUGUGUGGGGCCAGGAGAGGACAAUGCCUUAAAAGCAAAGGCAGCUGGGAGGACAGGUUGUUGAUGCCGAAAGUGCUAGGUCAAGGAGAACGAAGCAGAUGGAUUAUUAGCAUAAACUUUGAAAAGAACAAUUUCAGUGCACUGAAACAUAGAGUGGAUCAGAGAGCCAAAUGUCAAAAAGUGCAGGCAAAAAGGAUAGAUUAUAUAUCUGAGGUUACUAAAUGAAGGCUGAUGGGAAAAUUCAGUGAUUGUUUUCUCCAAUUUAUACAGAUUAUAUAUAUUAUAUACUCUCAGUAGAGAUUUAAAGGUCAGCAGAGUAGAUAAAUAUAUUUCAGAAGCAUUUUAAUGUACAUGUUCAGAAGCUGCUGCUCAAGAAUCAAAAACUACCUUUCUGAAAUAUUUUUAAAUGCACACAUGCCACUCUGAAGGGUGAGUGAGAUUGCAAUGAAACGGAUUUUGAUAGGAUGUUCUUUAUGAAUAGUCUGUUUUCCUGACUUUUAGGGUAUUUCACAGACAAAAAAGAAGGUAGGGUGCUUGCAUCAUGCUACUCUUCAAAUUAAUAUAACAUUGUGCUUGGUUGUAAAUUGCUAAUGAAAAGUUUUGGGGGUGAAAAUCAGUCUUUGUGCUUUGCUGUGCUCUGUGAGCUGCCUCAUCACAAGAUAAUUAUGCAUAAUUUCCAUUAAUGUCAUAUUUCCACAUUGUCUUUUCCUUUGAUUUCACUGCUCAAUUGAUAGUCCUCUUCAUUACCUUUCAUUUAAUGAAUGUUUGCUGCAGAGCAUGCUAAUAUUGAGGAAUCUCUGUACAGUGGAACCAUCAGUUUGAGCUAAUUUAAAUGAUUAAUCUUGGAAUGCUCUUAAAAAGAGAGCCUUAUUAUUCAAUUAUACCUUAUUGGAAUUCUAACUUGGAUUUACCUGCCUAUGCAGAAAAAUUUCCAAUAAUAUGGAAACAUAUAAUAGUUAUUGUCAUGUAGACCAGGAACAGGCAAAAAAGAAACUGCAAUCCUCUGCACACUUUCAGGAGAGCAAAUCCCAUUUUAUAUCCUGGGACUUAUUUCUGAUGAAACUUGCAUAAGAUUGUGCUACAUGUUACUCAACUUGAUGGUGUCUCUUGUUAUUAACUUCUCUUUUUAAAGUUAAGAUACAAAUGGUGUACACAAAUACAGCAUUUUCUGUUUGGAGCUUCAAAUGAUGCAUUUUUUAAAAAAAUGCAGUAGCAUGUUUUAUAUUUCUAUUCACCAGAUUCCUUGUGUGCACAAUAAAAUAACCAUGAUUUAGGCUUUUACUAUCUAAUUUAGAUUAAAAUGAGUGGUGGAAUAAUAAAAUACUGGGUCACAAUAAGUACACAUCGUAGGACAGUACUACUCAAGUCAAUUUUGGUAGUUUCAUGAUGAUGCAUUGGCCCAUAGUUAGGUUACUGCUCUCAGUAUAAGCAAAAAAAACCCUGUAUUUUGCUGAAAGAAUUGGCUUGUAUAAAUUGGCUCUGUGAUAGAAAUUAUUUGAGAUUAAUUUAGAAGAUUGUAUCUAACCGUGUUGCUCAGUAUGCCUUCCAUCAGUAGAACAAGGAGGGACAUAAUUUUGGGCAAUUUCCCAAGAUUUGAUUUCAGGGCCUGCGCAUGGAUGGAACAACAGAGUAGAGGGGGAGGGGAGGGGAGGUUUCCCUUUUGCUGAUGGAAAUCUUACUGUAAACUGAAUACUGUAAGUGGCACCAUUGGAUACAAUGCAUAAUACAUAGUAAGGCUGAACUACUUUAAAAUAUAUAUUUAUUAAAUUAUUUGGCAUCUUCUAUAUCAGAUCAAUGCAUAUGGUCAUUGGUUUUCUCUUGUGCAGAAAAAAUACCUUACAUCUGGUGAAGUUGACCCAUUUACUCAGGGACUAUCACUUCCUAUUGGUGACAGGAGGUCUGCUAAGGUAGGUGCACAAAAACUCAGUAAAUAUUGCAUGGUGUUUGCAGCUUAAUAUAUAGAAUUCCCACACCUGUGAAAACUGAAGCUUUUGUAUGAUGUACCUUAGCAGGCCACCUGCAGAAGGUUUUAGUUAUAUGCCGCUGGAGAAAGCACAGCCCUUUACUUGCAGUGCAGUCCCUAACCUGAAAACUGCUGGCUGACUGGAGUUAGGAAGCAGUGGAAGUGCCUCACUGUCAGAGGGGCAAGUUCAUGAUGGAGGCCCCCACUAUAACUGAGGACAGCUUUGUGGGUGUAGAGCAACCUCGGCCCUCCAGAUGUUUUGAGACUACAGUUCCCAUCAUCACUGGUCCUGCUAGCUAGGGAUCAUGGGAGUUGUAGGCCAAAAACAUCUGGAGGGCCGAGUUUGAGGAAGCCUGGUGUAGCGCUUCUGCAGUUGAUAGUUGUUUGGUUGCAGUAGCCAGAGUUAGGCUCAGAAGCAGGGCAUUCACGAGGAAGGGAUAAGAUGGAGGCAUUUGUUCAGAGAUGCUGCAGGAUAGGGCCCUGUCUGUAUUUCGGCCUGGAGCCGGCAAAACAAAUUCUCCUUCCCAUUGGAACCAAGGGAUGGCGAUGCAGGGGGAGGCUUAAAAAAGAAAAGAAGGAAUAAUUUAAAAAGAAAGAACAAAAAUGGGUGGGGAGAAGUAAAUGCUUUCUUACCACCACCCUGCGCUUCAGAUUGUAGUAUGGAUGUGUCGCUAGACUAGCUGUCAUGCCUUGCCCCCUCCACUGUCCCUACCCACCCGCCUGGUCUGUGGAUCUCUUAUUGCUUCUGUACAACUGUUCAAAUCAGUUAGAAUGCUGUCUUGAUUUCAGUCCAGAAAUGAAAUCUUUUUGAGCCUCUGUUGGACUGGAACUUUUUUUAGAGGUGAAACUUGCGUCAAAAUGUUUCAUUGUGGAGUGCUCUUGUUCAGGACACUCCGUUCCAUUUCCUCACCCCCCCAAAACCCUUGUUUUCUAUCUUUCCCUCUGAACACCAUUCUGUAGCUCCUGAAUACACUCAGUUCUUAUUGAGCUAUUUUGGGCGUUCUCUCCCUGUUCCUGUUGGCACCUCCCUCUUACUCCUAAGAUUGUGCUGUUUUGGCGGUUAUAAGCACCAGCACUCUGAAAAUUGAGAUAAAUAGUAGUACAUCUGUUGUGCAAAAUAUUUAUCUUCAUUAGUAUUGUUUCUGUGGAUUGUCUUAUGCCAUAUCUCAUCUACAAAGUCCUCUUGGAUACUUCGACAUUUAACAGAUGGUGAGAAUGCCAGAUAUUGGGUACUCAUAAAGAGAAGCUCUAGUUUAUUCUCCUGCUCUAAGGAAGAAACCUCCACAUACUGUUUCAUGUUAACUGGUUAAUUUUCACCUUGCAGAUUUAGUUAUAUGCAUGUCACCCAAACAAAUUGUCUGUACAGUGGUACCUCGGGUUACAUACACUUGAGGUUACAUACGCUUCAGGUUACAGACUCCGCUAAUCCAGAAAUAGUGCUUCAGGAUGAAAACAGAAAUCGUGCUCCAGCAGCGCGGCGGCAGCAGGAGGCCCCAUUAGCUAAAGUGGUGCUUCAGGUUAAGAACGGACCUCUGGAACGAAUUAAGUACGUAACCAUAGGUACCACUGUAUUUCGGAGCUCUCUGUACUAUUAUUUCUGUAGCAUCAUCCACAUGAAUACAAAUUAUGAGAGGAUAGGUCCCUUCUCCAAUGGACUACCAAUCUAGUUAAAAGGAAAUGAUCAAGCUGUAACUUUUUUAGGGAAAGCAUUCCUCAGUCUGGUUCUUAGUCAUAUUGAUUUUAUUUCUUUACGGCUAAACAAAGUAAAGACUAUUUAAUUUAUUACUCUCCGGUAUUAAUGCCAAAUCACAUUCCUUAGUUCUAGUUGGAGGAUCACUUGUGAUUCAGAUGUUUUUGGAAGCUUUUUUAAAAAACCAAAAAACAAAAAACCCUACUUGUUUAUUUUCCAUUCAUAAGAUAUAAAAUCAACAGUAAGCUUAUUCACAAUAAAAUAUGAGAUACAAAAUCAAAUAAUGUUGUACAGUGUGCAUUAGCAUACCAUUGACUGUGUUUUAGUAUUUUUAUUGAUCUCUUGGUAUUUUAAGUUUUUAAAAAGAAAAUGAAGUUUUGGCUUUGCUUAAAUUGAAGUCUCAUAAGUUUACAUGCUAGAAGAUAUCAAAGUUUAGCAUAUUUGAAACAGGAACUAAUACAAAAAUAAAAGAGAAACGUUAAUGAAAAGCCAAAGUUCUUUUGCAACACCUUCUUUCUAAGCCAGAGUUUCAUAUGUACUACUGUACUAAUAAAACGUUGUAAACAGUAUAAGAAGCAUCAUUUUAUUAUCAUCCUGUGUCUGUGGUGUUUAAAACCUUUUGUAGAUCCAAUACGCUUUCCAAUAUCUGUUCUAGGACAGGUUAAGACUUGAAAGAAACAAAGAAUACAAUCAGUAUCUCAGGGAAAGAGAAGACUGGAAUGAAAGGUUAAGAAGAGUAGGGAAGAAGCACGCAGAGGUAAACCACAGACAGAGAUUCUCGACUCUUUCACUGUUCACAAACCCAUUAUUUAGACUUUAAAUUUAGAAGUAUUCUGGGCAUGGCACGGUAUGGGCAGGCUAAUAUUUAUAGCUUGUUGAAAUAUAAAAUUUAUCCUGUUUUUAUUCUUAAGAUUUUAUUUGGAAGAUGCUGCAUGUGUCACAUCCCUUAACACUGCCCUUGUUAUCUUCUUUCCCUUUUUUAGCUCUAUGAAAAUGGGGGGGGGGGAGAGAUGGAUAAAAAUACCCAGUUGCAGUGAAGAUGUGGCCCCUCAUUCCAUCCUGCUUUCUUUGCAUUUAUGUAUUUAUUUUAGUCACUUAAAAUACAACAUCGAUUCUGAUAUUCACUACAGUACGCACUGCAACAUUGCCAUUUAAUAAGUGGUAGUAACAUUAUGCAGCCUAAUUUAAAGCCUGCUUUUCUGGGUUGGCAUUGAAACGGCUUAUUAAAAUUGCAAUGAUUAAUGGCUUCCUUUGUGUUUAGCUUUAAAAAUGUUUGUCUUUGUGUUAACAGCAUGACACAGACACAAACAAAAAAGGCAUUGCUGUCACCAGAUCCCAGCCAGCAUUACAUACCCCAGCAUUACAGCCACCAAUAAGAGAUGAAGAAUUUUUCAAGAAAGAUGCUUGCACUUCUACAGAUACCUUUGAAGAGCUGUCAGACAAGAGACAAUCAGUAGAUCAACACCACAAACCAAAGAAUGACAUUGGACAAGGGGACACCCUGUUGCACAAACAACUUGAUGAAGUAUUGAACAUUUCCAACAGAAAGCACCAAAGACUGGAUAGCAAACCUGAGACCUUUUCUAGAAGGCAUCACAGGUUUGAUGAAGGUCAUGAUCCUGAAAUAGACGAUGAAAUGGACCCUAGAUUUCGAUAUGAAAGCGACUAUGACAAAAAGCCGCUGAGGGUCUUUCAUGCUCAAAGGUAACUUUAACUUCCUGGCACUUUGGGCCAAACUGGACAUGACACCUUUCUGUCACUCUGUGGUUUUUAUGAGAACUAAUAGCCAAUAUGAGGGUGUGCUAUUUUUGUUGGGAUUGUACUGGAGAGAAAAAGAAUGGUGUGGCCCUUCUGAAAAUCUCCCCGUAACCCGUUACCAGACUUGAAAGAGCAGUUCCUGUUUGUGCUCAUUCAUAGCAACUCCUCAGUCUGCUAUUAAUAUCCUUAAGAACACCUGACUGCUGAUGAUGCAUUUAGCAUCACCUCUCCUUUAUUGUGCAAAACAGGUGCACACUGUUUGGCAAAUUACAGAAAUAGAGCCAUCUCCCUUUUCUGUGUCUAUCCAUAUGUUAAUUGAGUGAAACAAACCACCUCCAGCCCAGAAGAAGGAUGUUUGUAAACGUCAUUUUUUUAGCUAAGGCUGGCACUGGAAUAUGGUGUAGUAAUACCAUUACUUCACUUCAGUUCAACUACUGCAUGUGAUUGUGCAUUUAGAGUAGAGCAUUAUGUUAUACCAUACUAAGUUUGCAUUUCUAUCCUGGGUGCAGCUGUGCAGCAGUUUUGAAAGGGAGGGGAGAACAUAAAUAUGCAAUGGACAUCAAUCCUAGAAUCCACACACCUCUGUGACUUCAUCUCACUCUGAUUCUUGGCCCUUUUCCUAUAAGCUCUGAUAACUGUACUAUCUCUGUGGGUUACAUAGUCAGAGUGACAUAAAUCUCAGUUAUAAGAAAUGUGUUGGUUUUUUAAAACGGUUCACAAUUACUUUCUGAGAAGGCAGGAUUUUUGUUAUCUGGAUGUCUAGAGCUUUAGCAUAGAUGAGGGCCGCAAAUUCCUACCACCUUGCAGCAAACUCCUGUGAGAAACCUCUUUUUCUGGCAAAUACCGACACCUCAACUUCUUCAUUAGUUUUCCAUCUUUUCUAAAAUGGUCAGUUUCAUUGGUUUAAAAAGAGCGAUUUCUUCUCUUUGAUCAGAAGCAAAAUUGCCAAAAGAUAUCACAGUUUGAAAAAGUAAAAAUACUUAGGAGUUAUGCAGAGGCUAUCAUUUAAGAGAUUUCACCUAAAUCCAUGAUUCAGCUUAGCAAUUACAAGCACAUGACUUUAAUGUGCAUUCCUUUUUAUAGUAAUACCUCCGUGAAUGUCCGCCUUGUCUAGCGUCCAUUCCGGUUGAACCUCCGCAGCAAACCCGGAAGUACCGGAAUGAGUUACUUCCGGGUUUGCUGCUCGUACAUGCACAGAGGCACUAAAUCGUGCUUUGCACAUGUGCAGAAGUGCAAACCGCUCCGCGCAUGUGCGCAGACUCGGCCCUUUGCCCUGCGUCCUUUUCAGCUAGCGGUCGGGGCUCUGGAACAGAUCCCAGUCGCAAAGCGAGGUACGGCUGUAUUUUCUUCUCAUGGUUGGGUAAUGUGCCCUGGGAAUCACAUUAGAAACCUUUGCAGUUGCUUAUUUUGACCCAUCUGCAAUCCUUAGGGAUGCAAAUUUAAAUUAAGGUUUGGAUUCUUUCGAUAACCAAUGAGUUGCUAGGGGCAACUUACCUGCCCUGAACUAGAGUUUCUUGACAGGAGGAUUGCGUACUAAAUGUAGUUUGUUUUGAUUGGCCUAUUAUCUACUUCUUUCUCAUGUCAGAAUCCAAGGCACUAAUGAGCAAGCACAAGCUGCUGCUGGCAGUGUCCCAUAUGCAACAGGACUAAUCAUAGGUAUGUAUGUAUAUAUGUAUGUAUGUAUAAUCUACCUAGCGGGGGAAGUUGUGUUGUGAUAACUGCCAUAAUAUGUUAUACCUUUUGUUGAGAUUUUAGGUGUUUGUUGUUGUUGUUUAGUUGUUUAGUCGUGUCCGAUUCUUUGUGACCCCAUGGACCAGAGCACGCCAGGCACUUCUGUCUUCCACUGCCUCUCACAGUUUGGUCAAACUCAUGCUGGUAGCUUUGAGAACACCAUCCAACCAUCUCGUCCUCUGUCGUCCCCUUCUCCUUGUGCCCUCCAUCUUUCCCAACAUCAGGGUCUUUUCCAGGGAGUCUUCUCUUCUCAUGAGGUGGUCAAAGUAUUGGAGCCUCAGCUUUACGAUCUGUCCUUCCAGUGAGCACUCAGGGCUGAUUUCCUUAAGAAUGGAUAGGUUUGAUCUUUUUGGAGUCCAUGGGACUCUCAAGAGUCUCCUCCAGCACCAUAAUUCAAAAGCAUCAAUUCUUCGGCGAUCAGCCUUCUUUAUGGUCCAGCUUUCACUUCCAUACAUCACUACUGGGAAAACCAUAGCUUUUACUAUACGGAACUUUGUUGGCAAGGUGAUGUCUCUAAUUUUUAAGAUGCUGUCUAGGUUUGUCAUUGCUUUUCUCCCAAGAAGCAGGCGUCUUUUAAUUUUGUGGCCGCUGUAGCUUAUAAAGGUUAGAGAUUGUAAAAACCCCAGAGUACAACGUUAGAAGAAAUGUUUCUGUCCUGUUCCUGUCCUGAAAACAUUUUAAGACAAAGCUGCAGAAAAAUGGACGUGUUCUAGCACUUUAAUAAAUUGCUGUUUCUGAAAUGGAGCACCAACAAAAUAAUUAAAUAACAAAUAAUAAAUAAUUAUUAAUAGCAUAAUAAUAAUAACAACUAAUAAUUAUUAUUUAUAACCCACCCAUCUGGCUGGGUUUCCCCAGCCACUUUGGGUGGUUCCCAACAGAAUAUUUUAAACACGAUAAAACAUCAAACAUUAAAAACUUCCCUAAACAGGGCUGCCUUCAGAUGUCUUCUAAAAGUCAGAUAGUUGUUUAUUUCCUUGACAUCUGAUGGGAGGGCACUCCACAGGAUGGGUGCCACUACCGAGAAGGCCUUCUGCCUGGAAUUACAGUUCAAGGGCUAAGCCCUGUGGAAGAUUUGCAACUGGAUCUCUUACAUUUUGUUUCCUCUCAAGCUUAAGGGCCUCCCGGUGAAGGCACGACUACAUUCUUUUGUAGUUGCUUCACUCUGACAAUUGUUCAGCUGCUUCUCCAACUUUGACACUAAUGUGAAAAUGGUUUGAGCUGCCACAUCUACUGAGAAAUAAAUCCUAUUAAAUUCAAUGUGAUUAGGAUUUUAGCCUUGGUUGCAAACUAUAGAGUGCAAAAUAUUCUUUGGCACAAUGAUGUUCAGUGGGAUUUGUGCUUAUUCAUCUUUGGUCUGGAUUGUGUCCAAGGCAGGAAGAGAUCUAUAGUUCAUUUUUGUUGUCAAAGUAAGAGAACAGGGGAAAGAGGUUUGGAAAAUGCAUUUCCUUGGAAGUGGUGAUUUUAGGAGUAGUGGAAUUGCUGCAGGUGAUAGAGUUCUGCUGUGUUUAUGGCACAAUUUUAGCAGAAUCUAUGUAUCUAUGAUGCUAGAAGAGCAACUUGUACGUAUUUUAGCUACUAUCUUCAUUUUUAGGUGGUCAAGACAGAGAGCUUAUCCAGAGAAGAAAAGAGCAAUACAGGCGAGAACUGAUGGAACAAAUUGCAGAGCAACAAAGAAAUAAGAGACGGUAACCAGAAGCUACUGGACUAACAAUAAUUCAAACUGAUGAGUGAUAAGUAUUGAAAACUUUGUGAGAAAUAUGAAGGGAAAAUCUUUUUAUUACUAACAGCUUGGGAUAAUGUAUUGAUAUUUAAAUCUUAAAGGUUUCAUUUUUCCUCCCAGAUUGCUUCUUAUCUCUUGAAAGCAUGUCCUAUUGCAUCUUCAGAAUGGUAAUUAAUGCAAGGAUAAGGAAACAGGGAUGGUGUUUGUUUGGUCAUUUCUGCUUAUGGAAACCUAACUCUGUAUAGAAGCUUAAGGUACCUCUUAGUUGUACAGUGGUACCUCAGGUUAAGAACUUAAUUCGUUCUGGAGGUCUGUUCUUAACCUGAAACUGUUCUUAACCUGAGGUACUACUUUAGCUAAUGGGGCCUCCCACUGCCGCUGUGUGAUUUCUGUUCUCAUCCUGAAGGAAAGUUCUUAACCCGAGGUACUAUUUCUGGGUUAGCGGAGUCUGUAACCAGAAGUGUCUGUAACCUGAGGUACCACUGUAAUGGGAGGCAGAACAGAAGCCUCAACCUUGGUUCCUCCCCCUUCAUUUCAGUAUGUGUCCCUUGAAGAUUGUUUCACAUAUACGUAAUGGAAAGUAGGAAGGAAUCCACAUGGGAAAUAUAAUGAGGGAGAUGGUUGACUAAUCACUAGACCAAUGUAAUCUGAAACAAGUUCCUACUGGUUCUUCAAAAACUUAUAUGUUCGACUAUUAAGAAAAGAUUAUUAAAUUAAUGCAUAAAUUAGAUAUUUUAACUGUUCUGUUCUGAGAGAUCCAGAGAUAUGUGGUGCGUUGGAUGAGGGUGGUUCAGCUUGAACCAGGGAGGCAUGGGUUCAAAUCCCAGCUUGGGCAUGAUACUCACUAAGGGGCCUUGGUUAAAACUCUGCUUCUUAAGUCAGCCUAACUCUCAGGAUUGUUCCAGUGAUAAAGUGAAAGGAUCCAUUGUAUGCCACCCACUGUUCCUUUGAGAAAGCAUGAGAUACAAAUGUUAUGCACAAUAUUUCUGGCCUUAUCUUUUGUGUGUGUUUGUGUGUAUUUCUUUGAUAGUGAAAAAGAGCUUGAGCUCCCAGUUGCUGCAUCUGGAGUUGUAGACCCCGAGAAGAAGGUGAGGAAUUUUAAUGUUCAGGUCUUCUCAGGUUUAGCUAACCGUUUUAAGAUGUAUCUGUGUCAAUGUGGUGCAGUGGUUAGAGUGUUGAACUGUAACGUGAAAGCAUAGAGUUAAAAUUCAAACAUGGCCAUGAAACUCACUGGGUGACCUUGGGCAAGUCACAGUCUAUCAGCCUAACCUACCUCACAUGGCUGUUGUGAAGAUAAAAUUGAGAAGGGGAAAACCAGGUACAUGGGAAUGGGCAUCCAGUUCCCCGCACCUGUUGUACAACAUUGCAAACAUGAUUUGAGGACUCUUUAGGACUCUUUAAGUUGCUUCCUAGACUUUGAUAUAAAAAUGAAAUGCCUUUGUUUUGGCACAAGUAACUGACUGGAACAAAAGCCAGAUGGCAGUGCCUCUUUGUAAGCAAGGAGAGUUAACUUUAUAGGUACUCAACACUGGAUGCAUUUGUGCCAUGAUUAAUCAUGACUUAACAUGAUGUGCGUAUGCCACAGUGAGCCUUGGGCUUGCGCAUUUCCCCCUCCCCUGACAGGCAGCUGGAAAGAUAACUUUGGAGUCUUUACUAUUGGUUUCCCUUAAACAUGGCUUGUCAUUUUAUCCAAAGCAGGGAAUCGUUUUUUGCGAUGAACUAUGAUCAGUUUCAAAACAAGCUGACUACAAACCAUGAGUUAGAAAGUUGCCUUGUUAAAGCUAACUUUAGUUUCGGUCAGCCCUGAUCCCCAUUUUUGACGAAAUGAUAAGCCACUUUGUUUAAGGAAAAUGAAACAAAAAAAGCUUUGCAAGUUCCUCUCCUGGUCAUGAAGUAGGUGGAAAGGGGAGGAGUGUGCAAGCACAAGGCAGGCUGCAACUCAUGUGACUCCCAAUAUACUAUGGCUUAUUGUGACACUUGAACAUUGUUAGUGUAAGUUGACGCAGUCUCUUGACAGAAGAUACUCAUCUUAUGUAAAUCUGUCAAAGGACUUGGUGAAAAUAAUCCUGUUGUCCACAGAACCUCUUUUCACGGGUUUCUGAAGUUGUUCCACUUGUGUAGGAUUUCAGUAUAUUAUGGUUUUCCUAGGCUGAUAAUCCAAGAAUUAUCGAACCACAUAAAGGCCUGCCCAAAUAGUUCCUGCUUAAGCUAAGAAGCUGUUUCUGAACAGGCUAGUAUCUGAAGCUGGUGGGAAGCAGAAGUUUUCAUGCUCAACUAGUGACUGUAGCAUGCAGCACUUUUUGGACAAUGCUGUGUUACAUCACUCCCAGAUGUCCUCAAUGCCAUUGUGAAGUGGAGGCUAGGUUUUUCCCCCCCAUAAAAAAACCCCAAGCGACCCCACCUCAGCAAAGCUAGCCACAAACCUUUCAGGUAUGUUGGAUGGGGGGAAAUUGGAUUGUGGGCCAAGUACUAAUGAAGAGUUAAAUAAGGGUCAAGGGGUCUUUCUAAGGGAAGGGGCAGUGUCUGGACAGGUCCUGUACUGUCAGUCAUACUUUCUAUGUGAACAAGGGGCAGAGGACCCAACUAUUUUUGCACAUAGGACACACAAUGAUUGCUUUGGGGAAUUUGUUGUGGUAGAGCACUCAGUGGAACAUCUAACCUCAGAAGACGCUAUGAAAGAAGGUCUAGUAAAUGUUAAUACCUUGUUAAAAGAAUAACUGGGGCUGGGUAUAAGCAUCAACAUUGUAUUAGGUGACUGAAAGUUGGCAGUACUUUCCAUCUAUUUAAAUUAUUCUGCUGCUUUUAAAAGUUUUCCUUCUGGGCUAUGUGGUCUGGGCUAAGCCCUAGAAAAGAGAUUAUGGGGGGAAAAUAUAAAUACGUUUCAAUGUGCCUCUGACUUCUGAGAAUUAACAUAGCUCAGUAUGGGAGUACAGUGGUACCUCGGGUUAAGUACUUAAUUCAUUCCGGAGGUCUGUUCUUAACCUGAAACUGUUCUUAACCUGAAGCACCACUUUAGCUAAUGGGGCCUCCUGCUGCCGCCGUGCUGCCGGAGCACGAUUUCUGUUCUCAUCCUGAAGCAAAGUUCUUAACCCGAGGUAAUAUUUCUGGGUUAGCGGAGUGUGGAACCUGAAGCGUAUGUGACCUGAAGCGUAUGUAACCUGAGGUACCACUGUAUAUGUAGAGCUUUAGCUAAGAGGAACAAGUGCAGGCAUAUGAUACAAGAGGUCCCUGGUUAGAAACAGAGUAAUUGUUAUAUACCGUACUUGGAUAUCUGGCAGGGAUACAGGGGUUUUUUGUUUGCUUAGGCCUUUAUUUCUGCCCCUUAAAGACAGUGCCCUUUCCUAGUCUCCAGAUUCAUCUAGGUCCAAAAAGCAGUCUGAAAAACUUGCCAAAAGAGGGAAACAACUGCUAGUGCUCAAGAUUCCCCCUUGGAUUCCGACCAAAGAAUGCUACAAGGCAUUCCACAAGACAACUCUCCUUAUAUUAGGCAGAAACAUUUGCAAUUAAAAAUCUAUUAGAAAUUGGGUGUAGCCCACACUUGCGUUGUACUAACGAUAUUGUAUAUACUGUCUUGCAGCUAAGUGAAGAAAAGGUAAACAUUUUAACAUAUUGCUAUUUUUGUCAACAACUGUUCUACCUAGAUGGGUGUAUAGUGCCCACUUCAGGCAUGUGGGGUUCCAGAGCUAUCAGCAUUUUUAUGGCCAUAAACAUGGUGAUACAGAAAUUCAAUAGGAAAUCAAUCUUCACAAAUCUCUCUCAGACCUUUCAUGUUACAUUAGUUUUCAGAGUAAGGUUUUCAACAUUCUCAGUAACAAGUUACACAGUAGCUGUUGGGGAAACAUGGAGUAGUUAGCGGCAUAGUUUUGAAACCUACAUGCUUUUUGAAUUAAGUGCAUGGUACCACCUCUUUUUCUUUUGUAUCCUCUUCCAACCGUCAAUAAACAUUUUUAUUUAGCAGAGUUAUAGAGUAUACUAUAUUGUGGUGUUUUUAAAAUGAAAAACGAAACAAAGAAGCAUUAAUAAGAUCUUGUCUAAUAUAAUGGAUAUCUAUAAAAACAUAAUUUGGUGGUGUUUCUUAAUAGCUAAUGUUUUUUAGAAAUGUUUAUUGGGCAUGUUUCAAUAUUUUUCUCCUUUAGAUUAAAUGCUAUAGUACGUUGCUUCUUCUCUGAAAUAGCUGUUUCCAAAUUUUCUAAGAUUAACACAAGUGUUGAUUAUCAAUUAUCUUUUUUACUAGCAUGUUCAACUAAACGUUUAGCAUGACAGUUACUUUGUGAAAAAUAAUUUUAUACUAAAAUUUCAGUGGGUGCUUAAAUGUGAUAUUUAAAGCACUACAUUGCUUUUGGAAAAUGUUAUUUUCUGAAAUGGUUCAUAGUACUUAACUAGUUUGAGCACUCUAAUAAUCUAAAUAAUAAAUCAAUUUUUUUCCAUAGCCUAACCGACUGAAAGAACUGGGAUUAACACCACGAAUAUCUGAGGAGAGAAUACCGCCAGAAAGACCAAGACCAGCAUUUCAAACUCCUACACCUGGACCUACCUCCAUAUCUGCACCUCCUAUCUCACCUGUGAAUGAAGAGUUCCACAGAGGGUUGUCCACUACUCUUGGAGAAAUGUUGGCUCCCAGGUGACCUUCUGUAGUGUUUUCUUUGCCGCUGUCUGAUGUUUGGGUACAUGUGAGGUAUCUAAGUCUGUGGCAAGGGUGGCUAACCCUCGAGCCAGGAACAUGAUCUGCAUCACCCCCAAAGUGGUCUCUCCCCCCUCCCCAAUCAAUUUUGGUGGCAGCUGCAAAAAUGGAAAAACAUUAAGUAGACAAAGUGCUGGGCAGCAGCCCAGUGUUCUGAUGGGAAUGCAAAUCACCUCCUGCCAAGUCAUCAGAUCAAUCAAGCAUCAGGUUUCUGAAAAGAGCAAAAAGUGCAUUAAAUUAAGCAAUUGUAUUUUAUGUCACUACCAUUCCACAGGCAUGGAAUAGAGGUGGUUGGUUUUUAUCAGAGGCACCAUCCAGUAGAAGCUCACAGUGUCAUUUUCCAUGCACUACUUCAUAUUGCAUUAGGCAUGCUAUGGGGGGGGGGAUCAUUUUUCAAGCAGCUAUAUAUUUGGCUACAACUGGAACCACUGAGUGAAAGAUAUUUUAAAUCUUCUGAAACAACGGUGUAACAGCUAUAAAUGCAUAGCGCUAUAUAGGUAUCAUAUACAAAGACACUGUGGGGUGGGUAUUGGGUCCUAAAGGUAAAAGGACCCCUGACCAUUAGGUCCAGUCGUGACAGACUCUGGGGUUGCGGUGCUCAUCUUGCUUUAUUGGCCGAGGGAGCCAGCGUACAGCUUCCGGGUCAUGUGGCCAGCAUGACUAAGCCGCUUCUGGCGAACCAGAGCAGCACACGGAAACGCCGUUUACCUUCCCGCCGGAGUGGUACCUAUUUAUCUACUUGCACUUUGAUGUGCUUUCAAACUGCUAGGUUGGCACGAGCAGGGACCGAGCAACGGGAGCUCACCCCGUAGUGGGAAUUCGAACUGCCGACCUUCUGAUCGGCAAGUCCUAGGCUCUGUGGUUUAAAUAUAAUUUUUAUUAACAAGCCAAUCAAAUCACAUUAAUUCCAAAUCACAUUAAUUCCAAAUUAUACAGCCAGAUUUUUAAAUUUUUGUUGGGGGUACCCAUACAUCAAGCUCCGAAAGGGGUCCAAACAUCACUCAUGUUGCUGCUUUAAUUAAACAGUUCUAUCCAGUUCUGUCCAGAUAGUCUCUUUGUUACUUUCCUCAUCUUCUUGUUGUUAUCAUAUAUUCCUUUCUUUGCAAUCUCUGAUAAUCUUCACAAGUGGGUUGAAAACAAACAUCCUCUGUGUGGGUUUUACACUCUCCAAAAAUCAUAUCGCAUAAAGAACAGACGCCAUUUCCACACCUCCGUAAAGAACAUUCCCUCCGUCUGUCCGUUGAUUUCCCCAGGCUUGCCAAACAUAUCUCGGGGUCCUGCCAGGUCAAGAUCACAUUCCGAUAAUCAUACAUUCACAUUCUGAUGACCCUGGUCCUCCUCCCCCGCGUCUUUCUAUAGGCAAGCCUGUCUUAGCGAAACACCAUAGGCUCUGUGGUUUAACCCACAGCGCCACCCGCGUCCUAGAAGCACAUAAAUCAGACAUAAGUACGUUUUGCCUUGUGAUAAGCCUAGGUAUUCUGAAGCAGUGCACUUUACCAACCAUCAAAAGGGGGCAGUGAUUAGAACAAAGCGUUAACUGAUUCCUGCAUUGGAGGGGGCCGGACUGCAUUCCCCUUGGGACACUUCCAACUUAAGAUUCUAUGAUCAAGUGACAGAAUUCCUGCAUGGAAAAAAUGGCCAUAUAUUUUUGUUCACACUUUUUCUUCUCUCGUGGUGAGGCAUGCUUCAAAAAGCCACCUUUAAAAUACGCUGUCAUUUUUCUUUGGAUUUAGGAUUGCACCGUUACCGCCUCCUCCACCUCCACCACCAAUUCUGAUUGAUAACUACAGAACUCCAUAUGACGACGCAUACUACUACUAUGGUGCCAGGAACCCUUUGGACCCCAGCCUUGCAUAUUGUAAGUUGGUUAACCAAGUGGUGUAGAACUAUAGUAAUGCACUCUCUGGAGGUUAUUGCCUCAGAGGGCACUCACCAGCUCAGUUUCCUAUUAGUAAGAAUGAUAGCCAGUCAUAUUAAUCCAUUAAAUUCAGUUUUUAAAAUAAUAAUAAUCAUGUUUAUGUUUUAGCUGUUUACACUAUCUUCAUAUUUUAUGAUAUGGUGCUAUAGAAAUAUUUCUAUAAAUAAAUGCAUCUUUACAUUACUGGCUGGCACAGUUUCUUGACAUGCCAGCAUUUUAUGUUCUUCAGAUAAUAAAAUAACAUAUUAAAAUAACUGUCCAGACUGUAAAACACUAGAUUUAAGUUUUGGAUGUCUUGAUUGUUUUAGAUGGCCCAGGUAUAACAGGGAUGCAGCCUUCAUCUGCACCUCCACCUGUAGAUACUGUUCACAGACCUCCUCCUAUGACUGCGUAAGUACUGAUAAGAUUAGUUUAGCAUUGUUUGGCUUUUUAUUUGGGAAUGUGAGUUUUUAAAAAUAUGUUUUUAUUGAAAGAUUUUCCAUAAGUAACAAAAGUACAUUCAAUGUCUGUAGCAUCCUUCAUACAAAUCAAGUACAAUCAGCUUGAAACAUUUUUUGUUGAAGACAAUGUGGGGUUGGAGGUGGGGAGGAAAGAAAGUAGAGAGAGAGACAUUUAGGAGAGGGGGAAGGUGAAGGAGACAUUAAACUUGCAUUUUUGCAUAUAUAAGUGGCGCUUUUUUGUCAGUGUCACUUGGACAGGUGUCUUAUUUUUGUUGGCAGAGCAAGAGGUCAAAGGGCCCAAGGUAAGGUUGGUGGCAGUUGAUUGGUAGCAGUGUGUUUUGUUUGUGGGUAGUGGGUGUUGUUAGCCAUAUUGAUUUUUAUGUUGUCAGGAAAGGUCGGUCAUUGUCUUCUUGGCUUGUAUAUGCAAUAAAGGGGGGCCACACAAGGGUACAAGCAUUCUCUUUGGUUUGUCCCCAUGAUAGUUUCAGUUUGCUGGUAAGUUUUUUUAAUAGGGCGGUUUCCCAUACAGUUUGAUACCAGUUGUCCCUGGACACUCCCGAUAGGCCCCUCCAGUGUCUGGUUAGAGGCACUGCUAGCUGCUGAGAGUAAGUGGCUUAUAAGUUCUUUGCCAUGUUAAUGUGCAUUAUUGUCUUGGAAGGUAUUUUGUAGGGCCUAUUCUGGAGUUGCUCCUCUUAGCUGUUUUGCUAUUUGAUUUUGAAAUGGAAUUGUGGAAAAUAUGCCAGCUUUCUGAAUGUAACUGCAAAACUGAAACCGCUUUUUGGAUCAUAAAUUAACAGUGUAGUGAAAACUAAUAAAGUAGCACCUGAGAAAGACAGAUUUCAAUUAGUAACAUGCUUAGGUUUUCUUUAAAAACACAUUGCAUUUUUACUCUUUUGAAUGCAGAAGUAAAAUCGGAGCAAGAAUUGCAAAUGACAGGCCAAAAGGUCUGGGUAUGUUUCCUGAAGAAAAACCAAAGACCUCAAAAGAGGCUACUUUAGCUUAUCAGCAAGAAUUACAACAACAGGUGAGAAGCUUAAAUUUGUUUGGAAGUUUGUUUGUAAGUGCUUAGACUUACAUUGAAUUCAAUAUUAAUUUUUAUCGUGUUAAUGAGACAUGUCACACCAAAUUCUGAUACUUUUUUGCAGAUAAGGGAAAGAGAAGAACGUCGCAGACAAGAGAAGGAAGAAAAGGAACGGUAUGAGGCCAAAUUAGAAGCUGAAAUGAGAACGUACAAUCCUUGGGGCAAAGGAGGUGGUGGUGCUCCUCUCAGAGAUAAAAAAGGAAACCUCAUAAGUAUGUUUGAAAUCAGGGGAUAUUCUUUUUACUUUAUCUAUAUUUAUGUCUAUAUUUAUUUAUAUUUGUUGAGAAACAAAUGACAUUUGAUAGGAGAGUAAAAUGGAUGUACUACAGCGAAUUUACAGCAUGGAAGAAAUCAGCUCUGUUUAUUUAGACAGUCAAACAGUAGUUUUGCUUCUUUUAGUGGGAGCUGCACUUACAAGGAUGAUAUUUUUGGCAAAAUGUAGCAAGAGGUGGCAUUAGGAAUAAAAGGAAGACGUAUAACGGAGGAGAAGAUACUGUAAUACACUGAAGACAGGCUUAUGAGUACAGAGUCUUCCUCCCACACAAAGCUUUUUAGAGUCAUUCUUAAACAUGUUUACCAGUCUCAUAAUUGAGUCUGCUUCUUGUUUUAUAUUGAUAAAGGAUAAACAUCUAAUUAUGGCUAGAUUUUUAAAAUCUUCUUUAAAAUACUGUGGCUCUCCUUCUAGUGGUUUGGAAUUUUUAUUGUGUUUAUUAAAUACAUUUUAAUCAGAAUGGUAGUUGAUAUUUGCCAGCUUUAGCAUAAAUAAUUUGCAAGUGAAGAGGUGAUAAAUCUGGAGACAACUCUGUUAGGCAAACGGCAGAAAACCUCAAUGCAUCAAUACAUUAGAGUACUGAGACCUCCCACUUAUGGCUUAAAUGUAGUGCUAACAUCUUUUUUUUAGUAUAAUAAUAAUAAUAAUAAUAAUAAUAAUAAUAAUAAUAAUUUUAAAAAAAGGAUCAUGACAGAUUAUUUUGGAUUUUUAGUGAGCUUUUACAUAAAGCACACACUACACAGCACAUGCAGCUCUUAUCUUGGAUUGUGGCCUUUGUAUUUCCUCUUAACUGUAGCUCUGGAAAAACAUUUCUUGGCUUGGAACUGUGUCAUAAACAUACCUCAUGUUGGAAUAAAAUAUUAUACAUGGCUGUUUCCCCCUUUUCUUCAGCUGACUUGAAUAUGAUGCACAAGCAAAAUGAAGAUGCAUAUCAUAAUCCAGAGGCACGAGUAUAUGAAGAUAAAAGGGCUAUAGUAUCUGUUGACCUAAGUUUGGCCUCCCCAAGACUUGAGAAUACAGAUGAAUCUUCAAAUAAAAUAGCAGGUUUAAAUAAUACCAUAUUUUCAGUUGCGAAUGUGUGUUGUGUCCCCGAUGAAUGACUGUACAUUCUUCCUAUGCUGUACUUUCCACUGAAGACAAUCCUGUAUGUUUCCUUGAAUCCUCUUGAACGUGGUUUAGUUAGCAGUACUAGAAACUGUUUGUAUGGUUGCACUGAUAAAUAUUUUUGUAUUCCUGUUCUCCAUUGUGAAAGCGCUCUGUGCAUGUCCAAGGGGUUCCUUGCGCAUUUACACGGUGUCCGCCAUCAAAUGAAGAAAGAGAACAGGAAGCUCCUCAGUGUGCAUUGUAAUCACUGGGUCUUUCGUAAAUUAUUUCCUAUUAGUGUUGUCCCCUUCUUUCCUUCUCCUUUUGCAUCUGAAUACCAGUGUUCAAGUUCCAAAAUUCUGCCAGGAAGAAAAGAAGCAGCAGUCUUCACAAAAAACGUUUCAUUCUUGACUUGGUUUUUAGUUAGUGACAAAAGGAGCUCUUUUAAAGAGGUAAAAAAAUGCUCAAGAAAAUAUUAUUUGGGAAUAAGAUAGUUAGAGCUUGAUUAUGUCCACCUAUAUAUUGAGUACUUGCAACCCAGUCAUAAUAUACGGUACAUUGUAGCUGUGAUCCAGAAAGCUAGUGCUAAGUAGUCUGGUGUGCAGAUAUCUCCAAUGCAGUGCAUGCAGUUGGAUCGCCCAUGGGUAUUUUAUAUUUUUACUUACUAGUUGGUCAUAAUGAAAACUAUUUUAAAACAUGGGAUUAUACAUCAGUGUUCACAAGCAUGGAGCAUGGCAAGGUAUAUAGUAUGUUUAAAUGCAUUUUUUGGGUUAGAGAGAAGAAACAUAACCCACAGUGGAAGUGCUUGGAGGCGGACGCCAGGAUUUUCAGUUUUGUAAUAGAAUUACUUUCUAAAUUUACAAAUGUAUUUUUAAAGUAGAAUUAAGGGGGAAUUCAGAAAUCAAAUACUAAGAUUACUCUUGCAUGUGGGGUUAUCAGAUGCAUUUUCCCCAUGCAAAUAGUUAUUUUUAAAAAUAUUAAUAAACUGAAAUAUACGGCAAACCUUUUUUUUUAUAGCUUAAAACACCAUGGACAUAGUGCACAAAUUCAGAGAAUUCCCACAAGCUCAAAGGAGCCAGUUUCCACCAUCUCAUUGCCUACACCUGUAUAGAGAUUUGUGUAUAGAGAUUUGUGCACAGACUGAGCAGAAGGCUCAGAAGGGGAAUGGAAGAUCUGCACAUAUGUCACAUGUCCCCAUGCCCUUUGCUUCAUGCACAGAGCCUGGUGCAAGUCAUUUAAGCUUUGACAGAGAGUGCUUUAAGUAUUCAUUGACCUCCUGUUCCCCCAGUGGCCUGUUCCAUAGCCUGCAUGUCCACAUGCAUAGGCAAGGAGAAUAGGGGAAAGAACUUCUUUCAAGGAUCUGGAAACUGCUGUACAGUGGUACCUCGGGUUACAAACGCUUCAGGUUACAAACUCUGCUAACCCGGAAUUAUCUGCUCUGGGUUGCAAACUUUGUCCCAGGAUGAGAACGGAAAUUGUGCACCAGAGGCAAACGUGCAGCGGGAGGCCCUAUUAGAGAAAGCGCGCCUCAGAUUAAGAACGGUUUCACGUUAAGAGUGGACCUCCGGAACAAAUUAAGUUCGUAACCAGAGGUACCACUGUACAUGAUUUUAAUUUGCUCCCGGUGGACCAGAUGCUGUUUCCUUUUUCUUUCAUUUUUAAGCUCAAAUAAUUCAGGCGUUUUAGGUUUUGCUGUUCUCACGCUACAGUACUUGCUGACUGGUUUUGUUGGGAGUUUCACAUGUUGCGAAGGCAAGUUUCAUUGGGUUAAUGUCGCCAGCGUUAUAGUAUUCUUUAAAGCAAGAUAUCAAACACGAGUUUGAAAUCUUCUGCGAGAUAACAGGUUUAACAAUGCAAACUAUUUCUUUUUAAAAAAUAGGUUUCACAUAUACACAAACAUCCCCAUUUGCUCGUGGUAACAUUUUUGGUGAAACACCAACACCAGAGCAGCUUAGGCGGCAAGAAUCGUACAAGAACUUUCUUCGUUUCCAGGUGAGUGUGUAUAUCAAUAUCAAUAUUAAGUGAAAUAAAAUAUUUUUCUAAUUUAGCAAACCUGUAUUAAUGAAAAUAAAUUUUACAGAUUUUGAAAAGCAGUGCUGCUCGUAGCUUUAAAUAUAUAUAUAUAUAUAUAUAUAUAUAUAUAUAUAUAUAUAGGUAAAGGUACCCCUGCCCGUACGGGCCAGUCGUGUCCGACUCUAGGGUUGUGCGCCCAUCUCACUUAAGAGGCCGGGGGCCAGUGUUGUCCGGAGAAACUUCCGGGUCACGUGGCCAGCGUGACGAAGCUGCUCUGGUGAGCCGGCACCAGCGCAGCACACGGAAAUGCCGUUUACCUUCCCGCUAUAAAGCGGUACCUAUUUAUCUACUUGCACUUAAGAGUGCUUUCGAACUGCUAGGUGGGCAGGAACUGGGACCGAACGACGGGAGCUCACCCCGCCGCGGGGAUUCGAACCGCCGACCUUCUGAUCGGCAAGCCCUAGGCGCUGAGGUUUUACCCACAGCGCCACCCGCGUCCCAAGGAGAUAUAUAUAUAUAUAUAUAUAUAUAUAUAUAUAUAUAUAUAUAUAUAUAUUUCUGUAUGUUUAUAAUAAAUCCAUUCUCCAAGUGCUGAUUCUCUUAUAUAGCCAAACGAGCAUCGUUUGCACAUACAAAGCCAGUAUUGUCAGGCUUGGGGAAAACCCCAAAUCUGCAAAACAAACCCAAUUUUUCAAAGGAAAUUUGAUUGUGGAGGCAGGGGUGGCGCAGGGGCUGAGCAUGAGCAUGCUUCAUGCCCACCAAACUGAAUGCCAGGAGGGGUAGAGAGGAAGUCCCCUUGCCCCUGGUAUGUGUGGAAACGGAAUAACACAGAAAAGGGCUUGGCUGGCAGGAACCUUGCAUGGGAGAACUUCAUACUGCAAAAUUUAGUGUUGCAGUAGGAAGCAACACAAGCAAAACAAGACUCAACUGAGUCUUUUUUUCACUAGAACAGUCUAACCUUUAUAACCAAGGAAAACAGCUUGGAGUGGAUGUUUUUACAGAAGGCUAAGCCUAAACCUUUUAAAACUAAGCUGACUCUAACUAGCUAGAUCUGUGUUGUGUGGAACUGUGUGUAUAUAUAUAGUGAAAUUUCCUUUUUAUUCCCUCUCCAAAACUAGAAAUUUUAGUCUAGUUUACUAUGUCCCCUCAAGCUUCUCUUCUAGGAUAGUGCUGAACACCAGGUUUCUACAGAUUUCCUACCCCUAGAAUUUAGCUCCUGAGAUAAGUUCUUACAGGAUUUGGAUCCUAGCACAUAGUCAUCUUACUGUGCCCUUAUUAGUCGGAUAAGUUUUAAAUAAGUGGCUGUUACUUUCCCUCUCCUUGCAUGUCUUCUUAACUUGCCUUGAUGCUUUGUCGACUGGGGCCAAGACACUUUUUCAGCUGGGGCUCCCUGAGGCUUGAGAAGGUGGGGUUGGCAUCCUGUAUAGAAAGGGGGAGGUGCAUAAGUCUGUCUGGUAGAUGGUAUCAAGGCAAUCUCUGGUUAUUAAAUAAGACUCAAAGCAAAAUAUUGUAAUGGAUCGAAGGCUUUCCUUUAUCUGUGCAUGGGUAGAGAUAGGUACACUUCCACUUACAGCCAUGAUGCAGAUCUUAAAAUAGAUUUUAUAAUCUCUGUAAAAGCUUGAAUAUUCUUAGCUGCUCUUUCUGGCCGAUAAAUAUUUGGUCUUUUCCUUCGUAGAUUGAGGAGAAAAGAAAACGAGAAGAGGAAGAGCGUGAAAAACGAAGACUUGAAGAAGAAAGGGAAGAAAAAAGGCUAGCUGAGCAGAGGGCUAAAAUACAGAGAGAAUAUGACGAGGAAAUAGAGAGGAAACGAAGGAGAGAAGAAGAGGUGUGGUAUCUGACUUCUUUAGAUGUGAUAGGUUUCCUCCCUUAAAGAGAAUCAGGUGCCCCUGGAAUAGAGUAAAUUCUUGUGAAAUCUCAUUUUUUUUAAAAAAAGACUCAGUGUAAUAAUCAUAAUACUAAAAGAUGUCAAGGAGGGAAUUGCUGAAAGUAAUCUUCCUUCAUUGUACACCAGAUACUCACUACUUCCUUCAGGACUUACUAGUUAACUAGUGACUGAGAGGAUUAUGUUUAUUUGUUCAUUAUUAUUCACCCCACAAAUUAUACCUCAAUCCCACAAAGGGAUUAAAGCAAGGCUUACUGAUUUCAGUGAGGCACAUUUCUAAGAAGGACAUUCUGAGUGUUAGGCUCUUUUCAAUUGUGCAUGUUCUCUGUCUGUGUACGGCACCUAUAUACAUUCACUGCAGUGUUAGGGCAACUUUUGCAGAUGCACCUCCAGUGCAGUCAUGUGAUUGCUCCUGAUUUUUAAGUGAAAAAGAACUUUAUAGCCUCUGUAUUUUUCAAAUUGCAGUCAAAGUUUGCUAAACAUACUAGGGUUUGUUUUUUUGUUUUUGUUUUGCUUUUUGCAACGUCACAUUUUUUUAUCUUCGUAGCAAAGAUUAAAAAAUGAAGAACUGUAUCGAUUAGCUGAAGAAAGAAGAAAAGAGGGGGAGAGAAAAAGGGCGGAAGAGGAAGAAAGGCUGGAUAAACAGCUCCAGCAGAAUAGUGAAAAUGAAAGACAGGUAAUGGUUGGAGAAGAAAAGGUGAUCAUAUUUCAUAAAUUCUUUCCUUGUUGGCUUGGAUUUGAGGAGGGUAUUUUUUUUCUCCUCCUUCCCCAGGUCUACAGUUCUCAUAAAAAUGGGUUCUAGGUGUGUGUGUGGAACCUCCAGAAUGGCUUUCUGAGGGGUGGAGGAGCUAUAGACUGAGGGGGAGAGGAAGAGUGAACUUCUGUAUGAGCAAAAGUGCCUCCUAGUUGGGGAAUCACAACAGCUUAAUCAGUCCAUAAUACUAUACACUCAACACGAUACACCAAGAAUAUAAGAUCAUCACAGGCACAGCUUAACAUCCGGAGUACAGGUCUUCUGAUCUAUUGUACUACUUUUGCUGUGGGACAGUGAGGAGGUACUCGUCUGCGACUACUAUUUGCAUAUGACCCCUGCCUCUACAUAUGGCCAUGUGAAGAACCCUUUCUUGCAACCGUUCCCACUUACAGGACUUAGCGCUUUCAGUAGAUAACUAACUGUAGAAUGAUUUGCUUGUUUCAACUGUGCUAUGACACUAUUACUAUAUACAUUAUUGGCUGAGUUGUGCCACUAGUUGACUGUAUGUCUAUAAGUAUCUCCAGGCUUUGAUUUGCACGUUGCACUUUAAUUUGCUGAAGUAAGUAAAAUACAACGAUUGUUGUAUUACAAUCAUUAUAACACCCGAUACUUUUUUUGUAUAUAUUAUCUUCAAGUAGCAUGACAGGGCAUGGUACUUGGCUUUUACUGAUAAACUUACGUAGCGACAUAGGAUGAUGCAUGGUGGGGAUGGAAAGAUAUUUUGAUACUGAUUGGUUUAUAUUUUUUCCCUUUAUCAAUUCAUACUGGGAGAAACCUAGUCUUCAUGUAAGUCCUACAUCUUUUUAGUUUGGUUAUUAACUUGAACAUACUGCUAUUUUCUGCCUCCCGCAUGCUAUGACUGUACAUUGAUGACUAAUACCCAUUACUGUUUAGUUUGUUUUGUGUUGUAUUGAGGCAUCUCUUCAACUACCACUGUUACAGUAUUUUCAUUUAUGCAGAAAACCUCUUCUUGCAUAUUACUAGCAUUUCAUCUUUUAAAAUUUUCAUGACUUUUGAAAACUGUCGUAAGAACCGUAAAUAUUCCAUAUGUAUAUGAUGAAGUACACUCCUUUUAUAGCUUGAAUUCAAAAGAAUUAGACACCAAAGGCUCAUGAGUUCAAAGCAACAAUUUGAACUUUGAGUUCUUCUAAUGCUUCUGUUAUUUGGUGGUGGAACUGUGAGGAGUGGGGGGGGGGGGUAGGGUCAUGAGCACCCUCAACAGACACAGCUUUCCAGAGGGUUCUACAGUCCACCUGACUAAGGUAUUGAGCAUCCAUAUCUGGCUAGGCCUGUUUCUUAAAAUGACAGUUAAGGACAUGCAAAUUUCAUUUCACUAGCUCCUUUCAUCUAAUCCACACCAAGCUUAAUGAGAUAAAUUUCUAGGCUGUCAUAACCUAGAUUAUUUUUAUCCAAGAUAUAUCAUAUCAAGAUUAAUAUUUUAAUUUGCUGAAUUUCAGCUUUUCAGAUUAGCUCUUUAAUGGUAACAUUCAGAAAUAUUGUACAAGCAUUCAGUUAGUUUUGCAUGGGAAUGGAUGGGACUGGAUGUGUAGGACCUGCCCCUGGUCAGAACACAUGACAUGCUUAGAGUCCUCUGUGUUCAGUACAAUGGGAAGAUGGGGUUUACAGACUGCGUGGUUGGAGUUUAUAUGUGAGGACCUGGAUAUGCUCUGACCAACAUAUGGAAGGUGCGUGGGUGCAGUGGGUGGGGCCUCCCAUAGCAAUUAUGACCCCUUUUCUUCCCAGGGUACAAAACUGAACUCUAAAAGGGCCUGUAUUUAUUACAUAAUGUGAAAUAGCUUCAUCCUAUAAAGAGAAAGAUAAGAUAAAUCUAUAUAUGCUAAGCAGAUAUUACACGUGCAGAGAAAAACCUGUGUAUAUCUUUUGCAAUACCGUCAGUAUCCGAUUUCCUUUCUGUUCCUCGCAGUUGCCCCCCACUCACACUGUAAGAUUUAAACACGGUCCAACAAGGGACAAGCUCUUUGAUUAUGCUGCCUACUUCUUUGCUGAACCUCUUUCCUCCAGUGGUACAUCACUGUACAUAUCCCAUAGACUUUGUGUAUUCAUUAUUAAUAAAAAAAACUUCUGCAUUGUUGGAAUGUUCAUAAACCUUCCCAAAAAUAUCUGUGCAGCUGAGUCAAUUGAGGUUCCUAAUCAGCUGAAGUUAGAGUCCUUAUUGUUAACAGCAACAGAGAAUUUAAACAUCAGAGUUAAAAUGACUUUUAACUUUAUCUGUCUGUCUGUCUGUCUAUCUAUCUAUAUGAUUUUAGGGUAAAUGGGCAAGCUUGCUUUCCCCUGCAUUUCCUGUGCAUUUCGUUCUUUAAUUUCCCAGUACCCCUCUCUUUGUAGCCAUAGAUUCCUAAAAGAUUAGCCAAGUGGGCUUUGCUUUUGGAAAAAGAUGCUGACAAAGCUUAUUAUGUCAGAUGAAAGCCUUUCUUCGGUAUAUGAAUACUUUUGAGUUGCUAUUUAAGCAGGAAAUUUUAAUCGUCUCACUCCUCUCCAUUUUUUUCAGAUUUCUAGACAACCUUCUCCUCUCAUUCCAUCUCCUCAGAACAAAGCUGUCGUAAAAGAAGAAAGGGCUCUUUUAGUGGAGAGCCGUAUGUCUUACUAUACACAUGUAUGUUUGCCUUUUAUUCAAAUAUAAUCCGUGAAUGUAUUUCUGGCACUUUGCAUCAUGACAAACCCCAGGGGAUGUUUUGAUGGAGGAAAAAUACCACCAUUAUCAGUUGACAUCUAAUAUCUUGGCAACCUUCUGAUGAUUUUGUCAUUUCGUGCUUUCCUUUCUCUUUGAAUAGUCUACUCCCCAGCCACCAGGGCUGCUUUGGGUGCCAGAGGCCAGGGAAAAGAUGCCGUUGGUUGAUGCGGCUGUCCCUUGGCGUGGGCAGGACCCAUUCCAAGAAGCCAAUAGGGGCUCUGCAUUGGUUCCUGGGGGCGGGACUCAGAGUGCAACCUUGGAGGAAAGACUUUCCCCCCUGGAUCUGUUGUCUGAGCUACAAAUAAGAGCCCAGGCUGCAUCUCCAGCCAUUGCCAUCUUCCCCACCCUCCCUCCCUCUCUUGGUGUACGUUCUCUUUCUCCGGACAUUUGUUGGCCCCUGGUUGACAGGGCUGGAGAGAAAUGUUAUUCGUAGUUAUAACUGGCCUACCCCUGCAAGGUUUUUGCCUUUUGUGAGGGAAGGCAUUGGGCAGGAUACAUAGCUUACGUGGGACUCUCAUAAGGGGGUGGGGGCACUUCCAGCUUUGGGCAGCUGGGGCCAGUUGCCUCAUACCCAGGUUGCAGGCUGGACCCACAGGAGCAGAGCACGGUGGCCUUGAGAACUUGACUCCAGCAAAUAGACUAGGUGAUAAAUCGGCCAGUAGAUGGAGGGGUGCCUGGUAAAUGGAUCCAUGCCCUGUGCCAUACCAGCCCAUGAUAUGCACUGUAACAACAACAACAACAACAACAACAACAACAACAACAACAACAACAACAAAAUUGCAGCCUUGCUUAACCCAUAAUGCUUUUUCCAUAUUCAGUCAUUGCUCUCCUGCAUCACACCUGGGUGCGCACGGUGCACAGAGACUGCUUUUGAAACUCCUUUUGGUCUCAAAAGCAGUUUGCCAUUUGGUAUGUCAAUGUCUAUUAUGAGAAAACUGAACCUCUUCCUUGAGCUUGUGAAUGUUUGUUUCUUAGACUGAAUGAAAAUGAGCCAUACGAAGUUACUGUUUUUAUUUUAUUGAUGCAGUCAUUUUUAGUACAGUUUAUAUGUUAAUGUUUUACUAGGAUGUUCCCAGAAUCCCAUCUCCUCCAGUUCCAGCUAGAAGAAACCAGCUACGUGCCUAUGGUAAGAAAUCUGUAUGCCAUGAAUGAAUACGUCACUUCUUUGGCUGUGAUUUUUGGCCAAGAAAAAUGCUUCCUUGGGUAUUCUGCAUCAUUUUUGUUUUGUUACUAUACUGAAUUACAGAAGAAAAGAAGAAUGUAAUAAGUGAGCUAUCAGAGAUGAGGAAGCAGCUUCGCAGUGAGGAGCGGCGACUCCAGGAAGAGUUGUUGAAAGUCCACAGUGAUGACGAUGACAUGCCAGCAAAAGGGUGAGUGUUUUUCAGUCUAGACUUUGGCGUUUUGUAAAGUGUGCAAUUUCUCUUGGGCAGCUAAUACGUAAUUGAGCAAAUAUUAAAGAUGCUCCCCUGGAAUUAAAAAUUGCCAGUGGAAGGAGUGACAAGGGGCUUUGGCUGUCCUGCCCUUUGUUGCUUUACACACCUCUAUAAGUUAUACCCAGGAGGUCUGAUCCUGGCACCUUCUGCAGCUGUUGAAGUGCAAGGAGAAAAUUGCAGAAUAAUCCUUUAGUGGAAUCUCCCUAUAGCCUCUUUCCUGGUGCAAGAGUUAGGAUGAAGCUCAUGUUAGAAGCAGUGGGCUCUGGGACUGACUCCCAAGACAUUCUCAUCCACACUAAAGCCACAGGACCGUGAUGUAGCAUUUAGUAAGUGUUGGGUCAUAAUGGCAUAAUGGGCAGAAACUUUACAGGCAAACUGUCUCUGUCCAAAGUACUACUAUAGAUCACAUUGCCUGUCCCUGCCCUGUGGUUUUAUCUGACUCUGUAACUAGUAUGCUUACUCAACUGGGCUUCUCCAUUUCUUUCCUGGUUGGCUUCUAAACUCCAGUCUGAAUCAGAUGUCUCAUCAAUUCUCCAAUUUUUAUUUCCAUUUUGUUUAUAAAUGAACCUACAUCAUUCUGAGGUUAGUUUUCUAAGCAUGGUUUUGGUUAUUUUUAGCAGGAGGAAAGAUAAAUACAACAUGGAUGUAUUUGAGAUGGCUAGGCUUCGUAUGCAAGCUCCAGUCAGACGACCGUCAUCAAAAGAUGUCGCUGAUCCUAUCAACGUGCAGAAUAUCCGGGAGUUUAAUGAACUUAAAUACAAAGGUUAGCCUGUUGUCUUUCUUACGACGGGACACUUCCUCAGUUUUAAAGGGAGGGAUUCUAAUGAAAGGAAACUGCUUAAUUUGCUUGUGGCACACAAGUGGGACCUGCAACAUAUUUUCUGUUCAGGAUUCUAGUUAAUCACAGCACGCUUCAAGGAUACUAUUCCUCCUCCCUUGGUUUCCUGCCCCAUUCCACACCCCUCCCACCAACUGUCAGUCAAUAUUCCAUGCCCACUGAGCAUGCUCAAGCAAUUAGACUUUUGCUGAUUCAGUGUACAUCUAAAUCAUGAGUUCAACUAGAAUACGUCCGGCAUUUGAAUAUCUUUUAAGAACAUGUUGAAUUAUGAUUUAGCCUUACCCAACAGACAGCAAAAAAACCAAAACCACAAUCAGUAUAUGCAAAUCCUCUCCCACAAAUAAUCAUUGUGUAAAAAGGAUCGUGUGUGUAUUAUCCGUCACACUCUUUUUCCAGGUUAAAUAAGAAAACACUUUCUCAUCAUUUCAAAGAAACUAGAGCACGUUCUGAUCACUAUAUUUAUAUAUAUUAUUGAUAAUAUUUUAUGAGAAAGGAUAUCAUGAGACUUAUAAAUGUCAUUCUCAGAUUGGUGUGGGAAACAUUCACUUAAAGGGUCAUAUUGCCUAAUUUCACUUAAAGGGUCAUAUUGCCUAAUUUCCCCACUUACACGUGACUUGGAAGAUUUGGUUAUUCUCUUUCUCCUCUGACUCUUCCUUCAAUUUAACCACAAAGCAGAUGUCCUCUUCCUCUCCUCUGAGCUCUGGUGAACUGUUCUGUUUCUAUCCUCCUCCUCAGCCACCUUGGUUCAUUCUUUGGGAUCACUUAGUUUUUCUCUCCCAAAAAGUUCAGUCUUGUCCCCCCCACCCCCCCGCUGUUUGCCUUUCUUGAUCUGCCGGACUUCUCUUUGCCAGUUUGCUGUGCCAUGGCUAUCAGUGGCAAACCUUAAAGCAUAGCAAUUCAAUACGUAAGAAUCCUGCAAAAAAGGAUCGCUGUCACCAAAACCUCCCCCCCCCCAUUCCUCACCCUGCUGUGUGCUUAGAUAGGUUCCAGCAUUGAGCUCUUCCACCCACUACUCUCUGUCAUUGCUAGAAGGGGGUGGGGAACAUACCGCGAUGGCACAAACAGACCAUCCACUUUGUCUGGCUCUGGGCAAGUCCACUCAGUGGAGACCAAUCCUUUGGAAGUCCUUUCUACCUCUGGACAGAAAAAAGGCACACAGCUGUUUCUGAAACUGCAAGCAAUAUCCAAAUUGGCCACCAGAUGGCACCAGACAAUAACAUGUAUGAAGCAGAAAAAGAGAGGAAAUGAUUCUGAUAGUAAUAAUUCAUUUUUCUCCUUUUGGCAACACAGAGAAUUGACUUAUCCAAUCUCUUUCUCUCUUCCUACCCCUCCUUUUUACAAAGAAGAGCAUGCAAAGCCUUAAGGGACACCACCCCCAUCGUUCUGCCUGGACACUGAGGUCCAGUGCCAAGGGCCUUCUGGCAGUUCCCUCACUGCAAGAAGCAAAGUUACAGGAAAACAGGCAGAGGGCCUUCUCAGUACUGGCGCCCGCCCUGUGGAAUGCCCUCCCAUCAGCUUUUAAUGUUUAAUAGACUAUUGUAUUUUAGUAUUUUUUUGGAAGCUGCCCAGAUUGGCUGGGGAAAGCGAGCCAGAUGGGCGGGUGGGUGGGGUAUAAAUAAUAAAUUAUUAUUAUUAUUAUUAUUAUUAUUAUUAUUAACAACUGUCUGGCUUUUAGGGACGCGGGUGGCACUGUGGGUUAAACCACAGAGCCUAGGGCUUGCCAAUCAGAAGGUUGGCAGUUCAAAUUCCUGUGAUGGGGUGAGCUCCCGUUACUCAGUCCCUGCUCCUGCCAACCUAGCAGUUUGAAAGCACGAAGUGCAAGUAGAUAAAUAGGCACCGCUCCAGCGGGAAAGUAAACGGCAUUUCCGUGCGCUGCUCUGGUCCACCAGAAGCGGCUUAAUCAUGCUGGCCACAUGACCCGGAAGCUGUACGCCGGCUCCCUCGGCCAAUAAAGCGAGAUGAGCGCCGCAACCCCAGAGUCGGUCAUAACUGGACCUAAUGGUCAGGGGUCCCUUUACCUUUAUCUGACUUUUAGGAGACAUCUGUUUAGGGAAGCUUUUAAUAUUUGAUGAAUUAUUGUAUUUUAAUAUUUUGCUGGAACCCGCCCAGAGUGGCUGGGGAAACCCAGCCAAAUGGGCGGGGUAUGUAUGUAUGCAUGUAUAAAUAAAUAAGUAAGUAAGUAAGUAAAUAAAUAAAUAUAACAACAACAACAACAAAACAACAACUAUUAUUUAUUUAUUUAAUAUUCCCAAGGAACUAAAAUCUAAGGCAGUUCGAAAUGCAGCAGCGCUCUAGAUAUUCCCCCCCCUUUGCUUCUCACCAUCAUAAGAGAGUGCAUAAAGACUCCAAGCCUUCCAGUAUUCCAUCCCAGAGCAGAAGUAUGCAGGACCACUCCUGAUAUUUCAGAAGGUGUGUUGGACCCCAGCACCCUUUCAGUCAACAAGUACCUUUGCCUAUAAGAGAGGCAUUCGAAGGGCACUAAAGAAAUCUACAUCCAAAGGAUAGAGACAUAGACAUUUCAGUAGCCUCCAACAUCCAACAUCCCUAAGGGAACAAGGCUUCUAGUUGCACUGUAGCGUGGUGGAUCAAAACCUGUGUAGCUCUAGCCCAGAGGUUUUCAGCCUUUUUGAGUCCAUGGCUCCCUUGGCAGCCUCUCACCCUUUUUCAAACACCCUCCCUUGUGGAGUGUUCCCUCAGCCUCCUCUCCCCUCUCCUUGGGAGUCCUCUGGGUUGUCACUACUGCUCUCUGAGCUGCCCCCCAGCCCCAAAAGAGGUACCUCCUCACUGCCCCAUAGGGGCCUAGGAAACAUCCACUGACCAGCCCCAGAGGCACCGUUCGCCUGCGGAGCUUGUGGUCAGGGCUGCUGCAACGAACAGCUAUGCAAACCUUUGGGAGGCAGAGAUGCAAGAGUGCCUCAGAUAAGAGGGAGGGAAAGAAAGAGGGAAAGAGACCAGUGUUGCCUGCAACACCUCUGACCAUCAUUCAAGGGUCCCAGGGUGUCAUGGCACACUGGUUGAAAACCAGUGCUCUAGCCUAUUACCACCCCACUACGAAUAACCUGGUUGUUUCACUGAGCAAAAGCAGCCUUGUCCACAGAAGUCAGCAGUGUGGCUGCAUUGUUUUCAGCCUCCACAGUCACAAGAAAUUAUAAGUUGGACCUCAUGCUUCCUCAGAAGGUGGCUUCAAGUGACGUUUUUGUCAGAACAUCCUUCCUCUUGGAUUAAACAUCAACUUCCUUUCUGGUUGUCGGCCCAUCCUUAGAUUCAUAUAGCUUUUUCACAUCUGGAAAAGUGGGUGUUCCCUGAGAAAAGAACAUGGGUUCCACCAGAGAGGAGAGAACAUAAUCAAGGAUUCAAGUCUGGACUGGAGAACCUGUGGCCCUCCAGCUGUUGUUGGACUCCCCACACUCAGCAGCCCCAGCCAGGGUGACCAGUGGCCAGGGAUGAUGGCCACAGACUCCCCAUUGCUGUUCUAAGUAGAUCUCUCCCAAUACAACCCUGGAAGGCCCAUUCAUGGUAUGCGAAUUGUGUUCUUUUUUUAUGUAACAGAGUCAGACACACGGGUAGAAACACGAUAUAUGUAUCCUGAUCCUCCCACGACUAAUGAUGCCCUGGACAUUCAGCAGCAAGCAUUGCUAAGAGAGCAGAGCAAGAAACUUAAAAAACUGAGGAAAAAUGCAGAAGGUAAGCUAGGGUGGAUUUGAUCAAAACUGAGGGUGUCUUUUUAUGGAAUGUCUUCCUCAAAUGGAUGUGGUGACCUUUAGUAGGAGACUUACUCUGCAUUUGGUGCUAGAUUGAGUGUGUUUUCCUGCAUAAAAUACCAAGGUAAUGCCAAACCAAAUCAGGUCCCUACUAUGGCUGCUUUUUACAAGGGGGGACACACACCCAUAAAUGACUUGCCGAAUUUGAUCCAAAGGACUCACCCACUCAUUAGGCUUCCUCAGGCAGAUGCAGAGAGCAGUGAGGUGUUGGAGGACACAGCUGUGUGUGCCACACUCUCUGCCCUGUGUCAUCUAAGUGAGCCUACUGCCCUCUGUUAUGCUGCCCCGUUGCCAGUAAGAUUUCACCACAUCUGUAUGUGGAAUGGAGAGAGCACCGUCUUGCUUCAGACUGCAAAACGUCUUGAGCAAGCCUGAACGCCAUAAUGCACAGGUACUGCUGCUACAAAGUAUAAGUCCUCAAGCAAUCAACUUAAAGAAGUUAAACCAUGCAGUUCAGGAGGUCAGCUAAAUCUAGGCCGGUCCUGUUGUAUUGUCCUGAGUUUUGUAUGUGUAUCAUUACUACCUAACUCAUUGGUCUAUACUAAUACCUGGCAAUGUUUUUAUGCGAGCUGGGGCCUCAGCAAUGAAAAAUAAAGUUGGUUUUAUUGCAUUACUGUUGAGUGUGUGUGUGUGUGUGUGUGUGUGUGUGUAUACCCUUGAAUCUAUUUGUUGUUGUAAGUUGGUAAAUACAUAUUUAAUACAGUGAAGAAUCCAGUGUUUGUUCCUUCUGCAAUUUUCUGCCUCCCCCCCUUUUAUCUGAUUUUUGUAAUUAUGGUUAUUACCGUAGCCAUUUUUCUGCAAAACAGCUAUUGUUAUUGUUGGUGUGAUAGUAAAUGUAUGGCUUUAAUAAAGAUAACUGCUAUUGUAGUCCCUGAAUUUUAAGUGCUGCAUUAUGCUUUUGUACCAUUAACGCUCUUUGUUCUUAAUCUUGUUUUCAUCCUUGCUUUCCUUUGCUUUAAUAGCCGCCCUAGAUUUUGAUGAGCCUGUGCCUGGCUUUAAACCGAGAGACAGAGGAAUGGUAAGCAGAAAUGGAACUGGUUUCUUUGUUUUUAUUCCAAAGUAGCGAACAGUGCCAAAUGUACAUAGACUAUUUCCUGUGUCUGGAACAGGUCCCUUCCUUCUUUCAAAUCCCACCUCAAAGUGAUGCUCAUUUGUAAAGUACAUAGCCCCAUCUUUUUCUGCGCUAGCUGCUCCCAAAUAACUCUUCCUCACCUCAUCUCCAGCAGUUAUCCAAGUGCUAAUAACAUCCAGGAUUGAGUAUUGUAUUGUAUGCAGGUGCUACUUACAGAAGUACCUGGAAACUUCACUUCAUGAAAACUGCAGGGGAUAAGUUGAAAUUUGCUCAUAAAAGCCUUUGAGAACAUAUUCACCAGUGAUGAAACACCUCCAUUAGCUGCCUAUUGUUAGUCACUUCCAUGUGAUUUGGAAAGCCAAAAUUUUAUUGUUGUCCAGCCUGUUGGAUGAGGCCAGCUAGCCUAUCUGGUCCAGCACCCUGCUCUCACCAUGGACCACCAGAUGCCUAUGGGAAACCAGCAAAUAGCAGGAGUGCAACAAUAUUCUCUCCCCUUGUGUUCCCCAGCGACUGGUGUUCAGAGGCAUACUGCCACUGACAGUCGUAUUCACUGUGAAUUUGUCUAACUCCCUUCUAAAACCACCCAAGUUUAGGGUUAUCACUGCAUGCUGUGGCAGCGAAUUCCACAGUGUACCUAUGCACUGUAACAUGUUUCUGAGACAUGUUGAAUAUAUGAUAAGAAAGGCAGGUCAUAAAUGGGGAGAAAGUGUAAUAAAUGCCUUAGUAUGGCAUUUGUUUAGCAGUCAUUUGCACUGGGAAGUAAGAGUUGCUAUUCAGUACAUGAGUCAUCAUUUCAGCCUCGAGCAAACCAAAACUGUGGGAUGGGAUUUUGGCAAGGUGUGAGGUUGAUAGUGUCUGAAGUGGAUGAUGGAGAGAGGCAUGUGCAGCGAAAGUCAGAAAGUAGACAACAUACAAGCGUGAAUCUUCCCUGCCAUACCAUUCAGCAUUCCUUAUGUUGAGUGAAUAGGCAUUUUCAGUGACAAUCAAGAUGUGCGUAUAAAAGUAGCUCGCAUCUUAUGCUUAUGUUACUUACGUGAUUUCAGCUUUCUGCAGAUGUUGGGGGGGAAUAAAUAAAUAAAUGGAGAGGCGAGGAAACCUACUUUCCCUUUAUUCCUCCCCCCCUCCGCACAAAGCUGUGAUCGGAGGCUUACCUGACUUUGGGAAGACAGCGGGCAGGCUCUGCAACAUUGCCAGAGCCAUUGUGAGGCCUUUCCAAAGCUGGGUAAGCACCUCCCCACCUUGCAGGGGGACUGGUUCUGUGGGUUCCUGGCUUACUUUAUAUCUUUUUGCAUCUAUGCAUGGACCCCCAGAACUAAACUUUCGAGUCAGCUGCAAGUUACUGUUACUUCCAGAAUCAGCUUACCUUUCAUGAAUACAAACACAUAUUCAUAAAAGGGAAAGAUGUGUUUUUUAAGUUUACAUAAAUACAUUAAUAUGAUGUUUGUAUAGCAGUUGUCUAUAUUAGGAAACAAGAGUAGGUAUUCAGUACAUGAACGCCAAUGUUAUUCAAGUGCCCAGCCCACUCGUGAAAUGUAGUCAUUCAUUCUGAAAGGCUGUUGCUACCUUGAGCAUUUACACUGCACUGUUCUAAUUUUGGAAAAGCUGGAGAAUCUUCUUGUGUUACAAAGAGAUUUAAUAACUUCCAGUCUGGCGACAUUCACAACUCUUGUUCAUUUAGCUAGAUGUGUUUUUGCAGUUUUUUAAAAAUCUGAAGCAAGUUUCCUGUUACUUUUCUUUGGUAGGUCAGAGAUGAUGUGUCAAACUCACUUUUAGAGUCUGAUAGUGCUUUUAUUGGUGAGUAUAUCUUUUCAGAGGCACUUGUUUCUUGUAUAAUUGUGCUUGAUCAGACUGCUGCCAAGUUGCUCAUUCUUUGGUUGCAGAAAAAGUACAGUUCAGGAUUAGCAUCAGUAGUAAGUGCUCAUCCAAUCCCAAACUAGUAUACAUGGUUUGAAGGGCGUUCAUCUUCCUAAAUUUCUGAAAAGCUGAAGGUGGUUAAAAGGUAGAGAAGGUGGUAGAGAGACCUGCUCAUAUUUGUAUAUUUAGGUUACCUGGGCUUCAGGUGUGCAGUGACCUGUUUUCUAUUGUUGAAAAAGGGGUGGCUGUAUUCAGCUGAACAAUAGCACAAUUUUGCUUGCACAGCAGGCAUACUGGUCCUUUUCCAAAUCUGCUCCAGAGGGUUAGAGGAAUUCCAAAACAGGUUUAGGGGGCACAUGAGAGGAGGAGAGGGGAGUGAAACGACUUCCGAAAGCACAAGGAAUUACUUAGCCCUAUGUUGACUACAGUCCCAAGUCCAUUUGGAAGUUAGUCUGCUGAGAGAGAGGAUAAUAUUGGAGAGUAGGAUGUGGUCCAGGAUGCCUUAACAGAAUCUCCCCAUAAAUGAUUUAUUGAGGGUCUCCAUGUGUAUAUUUCCACAUGUAGCUUUCUGCUGGCCAAGUGUAGAUUUGAACCAUUUUUCCCUUCUCCUUCUUUUAGUCAUCUGUGCCAUGCUGGUUCAAAGCACAUCUCUUAAUGCAAGAUGAGACUCUCCAGAUAAUUUAAAUCAAUGUCUCCCAACCUUUUCCCAACCACGGCCUCCUUCUGACUUUGUUUCCUUCCUAUAGCCCCACGUACCCUUACCUGGGAGUAAGCCAAGACCCACUGAAUUCAUUGUGGCUUUCUUCUGAGGAGACACUUAGUUAUUUACUCACUGGAUGCAAGUCAGCAACACCAGACUACCCCACUCGGCUAGGCACUGGGGUGGAUUCCACCCUGUGCCUUGUAGAGCCAGGCUGCCACUGCCAACGGGCCCUAUGUCCCUUGGUAACGUCUGAAGACCCUGAUCCGCUAGGCGCUAGGGUGGAUUGCACCCUGCACCGGCAGUAGCAACAAGCAUCUCUGGCUUUCCCAGCCCUACCAAUUGCCAUCCCACCACCACACUUACGUGACCUGGGGAUUGUGGAUCACAGGCUCUACUGGUUAAAACUGGAGGCUCAGCAAUUGUCCUCGCCCUCCGGAAACAAACCAGGAUUGCUCCACCAAAACACCCGUGGCAAAAAGGAGCAUUAGGCCCUGGUGGGCCACCCCUUUACCCGCUUGUGAUUGGCCAAGCGGAUAGCCAGUCAAUCAGGAUUUUUUUCUCUUCACUUCUCUCUGUGGCCCCCUAGCCUCGUCCUGUGGCUCCCCAUUUUCACCUGUGGCCCCCUUGGAAUACCCUGGACCCCCAGGGGACCAUAUGGCCCUUGGUUGGGAAACACUGAUUUAAAUAACACAAAUGAUGUGUACAUAUGAAAAUAGACAUAGGUAGGAUUUGUAGGACGCGGGUGGCGCUGUGGGUAAAACAUCAGCCCCUAGGACUUGCCGAUCGCAUGGUUGGCGGUUCGAAUCCCCGCGGCGGGGUGUGCUCCCGUCGUUCGGUCCCAGUGCCUGCCAACCUAGCAGUUCGAAAGCACCUUCGGGUGCAAGUAGAUAAAUAGGGACCGCUUACCAGCGGGAAGGUAAAUGGCAUUCCGUGUGCUGCGCUGGCUCGCCAGAUGCAGCUUGUCAUGCUGGCCACGUGACCCGGAAGUGUCUUCGGACAGCGCUGGCUCCCGGCCUAUAGAGUGAGAUGAGCACACAACCCUAGAGUCUGGCAAGACUGGCCCGUACGGGCAGGGGUACCUUUACCUUUACCUAGGAUUUGUUUUGGGCACUAAUUCAAUCCUGUUGACAAAACUUGCUAUCUUCCCAAAACGUAGCUGCUUUGCAAAAAAAGAAAACAGAAAAAAAGAAAAUAAAAAAAGAAAAUAUAAAACAAAGGAACCCUGAUGUUUUAUUGCUGCCUCUGUAUUAUGUAGGAUAUAUGGAACAAAAUUAAUCUGAGCAUAACGGUAUACAUGUUUUAUUUACAGGGUUUAUUUAGCUAUUCUAGAAUAGUUGCACACAUGCUCACAUACUUAGUCUGUUUGGAAAUCUAAAGCAGCUGCACUGUUGCCAGUAAUGGCCAGCUAGAUACUUCUUGGAAAUGCACAAACAGGGCAUGAGUUCCACUCUAAGAUAUGAACCUAUCUUUAGCAUGUUGUGUGUAUUAUGUUUAUUUUUUCAUGGAGUUUGCUUAAAAAUCCAAGUGCUAAUAUUUUUUUUUAAUCCUUCUCCUAGGUACUGAUGGUGAAACCUUUCCUAUUUUAGAAGACCAUGACUUCAAUGUGAAUUCACCUCCACUACCGCCAGUAUCUGCAAGGGAAAGGAGGCGAGAAAAGAAAAUGGUAGUAGAAUUCAUCCAACUAGUUGCAUUUAUUGAAAUCAGUGGUGCUCAGUUGUUGGGACUAACCUGUCCCCUUUGCGGGCUUUCCAAUGGGACACAAGCACAAUGAAUACUUUGCAUUCUCAGAGCCUUUAUGUAUAAACCAUGGGUCUGUCAGGUGCACUGGUCUCCAAUCAGCUCUUCCAUCAGUUUGACCAGAAGCUGAGUGGGAUAGGAUGGAAAUGGGCAAGUGAGAUGCUGGGGCUGGAGGAUGCACUUGACAGGAGAAUAAAAUGGAGGUUGUGAGCAUGUCAAAGGCCCGUACCAGGUAGUGCAUGUGGGAAUCUGGGGUGGAAACAAGGAGAGAGAAGAGGUAGGACUGAGAAAGUAGGAAACCAGAGAUGGAUCUGAGGGAGAAGAGACAAAGGAGGCUAGAAAGCAUGAAGGGGGAGGAAAUAAGGAGGGAUUUACCCCAGAAGAGGAGAAGACAGAGGCAAGGAGGCAUAUUAGGGAAGUGUCCGCUCAACCUUAGUGCCAAGCCCAAGAGAGGGAAGAAGAGUGGCAUCAUGUGGGUGAAGUUGUGUGUAUAUUUUAUGUAGAAAGCCUUCUAAAUUUUCCUCAGCCGAUACAUAUCAUAUGCAGCGUCUCAUGAUUCUUUACAUCUUUAGGAUGCUGGCGCCCUUGGGCCAACUCCACCACUGCAGACUGACGACGACUCUCUGCACUCAAGCUCUAGUCUUAAUAUAGAUCAGCUGAAAGCCAGAAAUGAAGAGCGAUUGCGAAGGCUGAAUGAGCUGCAAAAGAAGGCCAUUCAUAUAGGUAUGGUCAUUUUGUUGAAUUGCAGUAGCCAGGAUACUGACAUAGCAGCCAGGCAUUUGACACACAUUUACAGAACACACAUUCUGUUCUGCAUAGGGGGGAAUCAGAUUCGCAGGGUGGCAUUUCAUGAAGCUUUCUUCAGAGUAGACAUGAGUUGGCCCUUAAGUCAUGUUCAUUAAUUUCAAUGAGACUGUUCUGAGUAAGAGUUGAAUACCACCCAGUAAAUAGAAGAGCAGAAAUUGCCACAGUAAUAGUACUACUGCUUUGAAGGGCUCCAAGUAUUAAUUGCUGGCAUCCUGUUGCUGAGGUUUUCCUGCGCAGCAAAAGGAAGCCCUGCUACAUUGCCAGACCCAAGUAUUUGGAAGCUGUUGAAGUGCCCUACAUAGAACUAGUCUCACCUUCAGAGAAAUAUGUAACCAGGUUUUAGGCUUUGUGCCUUUGAAACAAUGCUGUUGACAUGAAGAAAGUUUAGGGAAGAGCAGUAAAGGGCCCGAACUGGCAUAAGAGAAGCAUGGAGAGUGGGGGAUAAAACCAAUUUGGGCCACUGAAAGCUCCUUCCACAUUAUCUCUCUGGUCUUUAAACUUUUAACUGAUCUUACCGUCACCAGUUAAAAAAUUAUCCUAAAAUUGGGGUGUCUGGGGAAAGUUUUCAAAGGCCCUUACUCAACUUCUGUUUGUUCUUCCCCACUUCUGCUGCAGAGCUUUUAAACUGAUGCAAGAACCAGGGGUGAGCAAUGAUGGGACUCCACGUUCUCUCUUUUCUGUGCUCAGCAGCACAGGUAUUGAAGAGAGCAGGAGCAAACAAAAGGGGAGGCCAGGAGGUGCCAAGAGCCCCAGUGAGGCUCCCUUAGGUACAAACUCUGUGUGGCCUUCAUCAGCUUUACUUUGGAGUGGUGACAGGCUAUGCACACGGGUCUUCCCACUACAUUGUGUACCGUAGGUCGGAUUCCACAAAAUGAGAAUGGUGAUGUUGGAGGAUCCCCUGUGAGCUAGCUAGUCUAGCCCUCUGCUAGAUGCUGGCAGUCAGCAUAUGGCAUGAAUGGGUGCCCAUCUUCUGCUUGAAAGCACCUAGUGAAGGAGAGCCACUCCCACCCCGCACCCUUAUUGGUUCCAUUGUCAAACUGCUCUUACUGUUAAGACGUUUCUCCUAAUCUCAACAGCACAUCUCCUCCUCUAAUUUAACCUCAUCAGUUCUAGUCCUUCCCUCAAGGGCAGCAGAGAACAAGCCUCUGCCCUCUUCCAUGUGGCAACCCUUCCAGUAUUUGAAGAGCUUCCCUUUGGUCUUCUCAGGGCUAACAUACCCAGUUCCUUCAACUCUUACUCAUAGGACUUCUUUACUGCUCUCUUCCAAACCUGUUUUAGUUUGUCAAAAUCCCCCUUAAAGUGUGGUACUUGGAUGAGGUCUAGCACAUAGAAAACUGCAUCACACUGCUGACUCAUGUUCAGCUUGUGAUUGACUACAAUCCUGAGAUCUUUGCCACAUUUAUUGAUGCCUUUUUCAACAUGCAUGCUGCCCAGCAACAGAAGUUUUCUGAGUGGUGUACAUUGAAAAAUUAAAACCGUAAGAUUAAAAAGUAAGACGUAAGCAUGAAAAUUCUAACAGAAUAAAAACAGCAGCAGUGUAAAACCAAAUGUACUGCUGCCAAGCUAGGCAUCCUCUAGGAGAGCGAGUGUGGUGUAGUGGUUAAGAGCGGUAGUCUCGUAAUCUGGGGAACCGGGUUCGAUUCCCUGCUCCUCCGCAUGCAGCUGCUGGGUGACCUUGGGCUAGUCACACUUCUCUGAAGUCUCUCAGCCCCACUCACCUCACAGAGUGUUUGUUGUGGGGGAGGAAGGGAAAGGAGAAUGUUAGCCACUUUGAGACUCCUUAAAGUGAGUGAAAGGCGGGAUAUCAAAUCCAAACUCUUCUUCUUCUUCUUCUUCUCUAUCAAAACUUGUGCAGUUCUUCUUUCAUUGUUGUCAAAAUUCAGAACCUUGCAUUUGUCACUGGAGUUUUUUAGCUAGUUUCAACUCACUUUUUCUAUUUUAUCAAUGUCAUUUUGAAUGUUUGUUUUAUCAAUGUCAUUUUGAAUUUUAUUAUCUUCUGAGAUGCUAACUUUACUUUCCAGUUUUGUGUCACAUGCAAAUUUGACAGGGAUUCAUUUCUUUCACCCCUUCAUCGUUAUUAAGAAUAAUCAAUUAAGAAAUACUGUAGGCGUCAUUCCUAAACACCGUAGAAACUAACAAAAGUGUUUAAAAAUCUUUCCCCCUUGUAUCAUGUAUUCUUUCUUGAUAGGUUAGCAUGUUGCAUCAACAAAAUCGGGACUCAUUUUUGACAUUUUCUUUAUAGAAAGGAAGUGGUGGUCAGGGUGAGUAACUAGCCAUAGUUGGUGUCUUGCUUCAGUAGUUAGAUAGAUAGAUAUUUGAAUAUGCUUUCUGAUAUGGGUGUGCAUCGGCCACAAGAUUUGAUUUGGAUCUGUAUCUGUCACUUCUGGAAGCAGCCAAGUCUACAUUAAGGUGCUCCGUGGUCUGUCAGAUUCAACUCUUGUUUUUUGCCAGGAGCAGAUUUGUUGAAAACAGCUUUGUUUCUUGCCAUUCACUAUUUUGGGGGGAAAAGGCUACCCCCCCCUUUCGACAAAAAUGGAUUAAAUUUACAGACAUAACAGCCCCCCUCCCCCAAAUGAGUUAAGAUACAUUUGCUUGUAAUUUGGCAGGCUUAACAGAUGGGGGCCUGAACACCUUGGUAGUUUGUUUUUUUAGAAAAAGGAAACACCUCUAACUUUAUUUUGGGGGAUAAUUAAAUGCCAUUUGCAGCCUUGGUCACCCCUAGUGAGGGAAUAAACCCUUCCAAAUUUGAAAAUGUCUUACUGAAGUGGUUUUCCUGCAAGCAUGUUAGAGUUUGGGGUGUAUAAAAAAGGAAUUGUCAUCAUCUUGCUUAGUGUGCUGUGAGCAAUUGGUCUGAAACUUGCAGACAGGAGAGAGAUGCCCCUCGGGUAUGAGUGAAAUUGGAGACAAGUAGGUCCAGAGGCAUCUGUGCUACAGAACAUUUUAAAUGUUUAUUGGUGGGGGAGUAAAAGGGAUUCACUUUUUCACAGAUUCAUGGAAGCCUGUUUGCUGAAUGUUGCUCCCCCUCCAAAUCAUUCAUCACUCUGUACCAUCUUUCAGUGUCAUUUACAACUAGCUUCUGCCCACACAGCACAGCUGGUGUGCAGCCAGAAAUCUAUUUCUGCUUGUGGAACACUAGUCCCCUGAGAAUGCAUAAUUCCUAUUCCUCAAUCCAAUUAGCUUUGGGGAAUUCUUUUGAUAACUGUUACCAAACAUGCAUCUCUUGAACAUGCAUCUCAUUGUACUAGGCACUGGAAGUGGAGAAUAUUUGAAACCAGGGUGGCUGUAUUUAUUUUUUUAACCCACCUUACUGCAUUUUUGUUCUGAACACCCAGUACUGAAGAAGAAUCUUGUAAAGUCUGGAAACUUGCUAGGUCAGAGAAUGAUGUUAUCAUUGUAAAAGUGUGCUUUUUCUGUACCAGUAGCUAAAGUUGAUUUAUUUUCCUCAAGCUGAUGAUGUUCCACUGGGAAACGCCGAUGACAGAAGACCCAGCUCUGUGGACACAGUGGCAACCGAACCGUGGCUGAGACCUGGGACAUCAGAAACCCUUAGAAGAUUUAUGGCUGAGCAGUCAAGUCAAGCUAAGCUUUCUUCUGAGAUGAACUUACCAUUCAAUUGGCAGGGGCUGUCCACAGCCCAUGGCUGAAUAAAAUCUGUAGUGAAGCCAGUUGUGCCUUUCAAAAGAAUGUUUCUCCACUACUGCACUUUCAAGUCUUUAAUUUACAUGCUGUGUGCAGAAGCACAGCUGUAACAAAUCUUGUGAAUAAGAUUUUGACAACCUGCUGCAAUCUUCUAUCUUCUUAAGUUAAAUGGUCAGUAUGUUACUGUCAGGGGUUCAGGAGCUCUGACAGUUACUGAUAUGAUUUAAUCUUGGAAGGGCAACGUGCAUACUAGGUCGUCUUGAAACUGGCAAGCUAGAGCCAAACAUGCAUCUAUUCAGCUAGUUGAAAGGCACAGAGGCAAAGCUUUCCAGUUUACCCUCAUGGUAUUUUUUGUUUGAAAAAUUACCUCAGACCUCAAGUCUUACAAGCGUGUGAAACGUGUUCUGCAUUUAACAGAGCUGAGUGCUGUGGCUUGGAUUUCUCAUGCAUUUCAUAGGUAUUCAAUGAUCUGAAUUGAUUAAUAAGUGUUCCUUUUGCUGAUUUAGGGCUUAUCCUCGCUUACCUUUCCUCUGCACUUUACAGGCAUGGCCCACGCUUUAAAGCUCUGUGUCUGAGCGCUCAGUUUUUUUGCUCCAGAGCUUUCCCCAUGGAAACCCACUCUUUACCACUGUGAAAGCUUGAUGGUGGAAAAGGAGUGCUCAGACACAGAGCUUUAAAGAGCAGAACUGUGCCUGGAAAGUAUGAGGGGCAAAAGUUAAGCGUGGUUAAGCCCUUACUCUGUUUUCCAGACUUUCUAUCUAAUCAUUUGUUCUAAUAUUCUAAAUUACCCUGUCAUCUUGUGUUCUUCUGUAUUUUAAAUGUCAGUAGUGAAUACUAUUAAAUAUAUUUAUGGUCAUGAAUGUAAGAUUAAAAAAUAAAUUAUAUUUUACUAGGAAAAAAGUUUAAAACCAUUCUUGUGGAGAUGAAUUCUAAAAGAACCAGAGUGAGAGACCCUCCUCUGCUCACACUUCCCAUUCACUCUUGCCCAGUGACAUGGCCUGAAAAACACGAGUUCUUUUGUUUCUAGCUCUUGAACCCCAAACACAGGACCAGAUGCGUGAGAAGUAGUGGAGAUAGGAGCUCCUGUUCAGCCACGCUAUACUUCUGGGGUAAGUACAUAUGCUAUU